AUUCCCUUUCGCGCACGCGCAGACACAGGGAAAACAGGCUUGAGGGAAGGAAAAUCAUCUGGGGCGGGGAGGGUGAAGGGAAAGAGAGGAGCGAUGUUGUUCGACGAGUGCGCAGGCGCGGGGAGCCGCCGCAGCCCAAGCCGUGGAGAGCCUCGUGCUUAAGGCGCUCGGGGAGGACCGUUGGGGAGGGUACCUUCUGCUCGCGCCCGUGCGCGCGCGGGGGAUGCGCAUGCGCACGGGCGACGUUUACACCGUUUCUGCCUCGGUCUCUCUGCGCUCUCCCUCCCCCCCCCCCCCGGUCACCGCUUUCCUUGGACUGAGCCUCCGCUCUAUGGGCCGCCCGCCUCGGGCUUUUACCUCAGCCGCCCUGGGCGGAAGGCGAAGAGGAGGAGGAGACUGAGGCGAAAGGAAGAUGCCCGGGAAGCUGAAGGUCAAGAUUGUGGCGGGGCGGCACCUGCCCGUCAUGGACCGAGCCAGUGACCUGACAGACGCCUUCGUGGAGGUUUGAAGGGGCGGGAAGGCGGGAGGGGCUUCUCUCUCUCGGUCUCUGUCUCUCCUCAGGGCUCGGCCCCGGUCAAUACACCUGCGGCUCUUCGCAUUUAUUGAUUUGCCGGGGGCCAUUUGUGCUUCCGAGGUCGUCUCCUCUCGGCGCUUCGACCGGCGGGGCUGGCGCCGUGCGGCGCCCUCCUCCUGUUUGUGAAGAACUUCGGAACUCCCUGCCACUUGAGGUCCAGCAGGCGCCUUUCCCGCGCAUGCUUAGAAAAACAAAAACAAAAAAGCCUACCCGCUUUUUAGACUACCCAGAUGCUUGGGAAGUCGAGGUGGUUUUAGCCCGUUUUGUAAGGUGGUUGGUUGUUAUUAUUAUUGCUGUUUUAUUUAUUUUUUUGUAAUGCGCUUUCGUUAAAAAUAAAUACAAUCAAGGGGUGUAUAAGUUUUGUGAAAUAGUUUUCUGCACACCCCCCCCCCAUUGUUAAAAACAACAACCACCUCAAAGUGGUUUAGGAUAAAAUUCUCACACACAAAAAUCACAACCCUACUUUAAAACAUACAAGAGUUAAAAUACUAAAACAAAUUAGAAUCAUCUCAACUUCUCUAAACAGUGGUGUUUUUAGCAGGUGCCAAAAAUGCAAUUUAUUUUAUUUCUUAUUAAACUUACUAGUCGCUUGUCACCCAAAGUUUUCCAAGCAACUUGCAGAAAUAUAUAGCCAGAUGGGUGGGGUACAAGUAAUAAAUUGUUAUUAUUACUAUGUACCUAUUUAAUACCAUAAGGGGAGGGGGGAAUCAUGCAAUACUUCAGUAUAUCAUCUUACAUAACAUUUAAGAAAACAACAACACACCCACCAUAAGUAAUAACAGAAAACAUUAAUUGCCUAAAUUUGCAUACAGCACACAGUGAAAUACACACGUGUGUGUAUGCAUGUGUGUGUGUGUGUCUUUUUCAUGUUCUGUUAUUGUUUGAUUAUUUAAUAAAUCGUUCAGUAGAUCAAACCAAUCAAACCACAUUGCGAGGCCUGCGUGAAAAGCAAGUGGUAUGUAUGAACACCUUAAAUAAGCAACUAAUCACAAUGCAUUAUUACUACUUACAGUGGUGCCUCGCAAGACGAAAUUAAUCCGUUCCGCGAGUAUCUUCGUCUAGCGGUUUUUUCGUCUUGCGAAGCAACCCUAUUAGCGGCUUAGCGGAUUAGCGCUAUUAGCGGUUUAGCGGCUAUUAAAGGCUUAGCGGCUUAGCUGCUAAAAGGCUAUUAAAGGCUUAGCAGCUUAGAAAAAGGGGGGAAAGCGAAAAAAAAAUCUCAAGACUCGCAAGACGUUUUCGUCUUGCGAAGCAAGCCCAUAGGGAAAUUCGUCCUGCGAAGCGCAUUGAAAAACGGAAAACCCUUUCGUCUAGCGGGUUUUCCAUCUUGCGAGGCAUUCGUCUUGCGGGGCACCACUGUACUGGUCGCUUGUCACCCAGAAAGAUCUCCCAAGCAACUUGAAAAGCACAUACAUUGGUGAAUACACUAUAUGACAGAAAAGGGAAAAUAAAGAUAUAAAAAUUCUAAAUAAGUUUUUAUAAAGGGCCAGGUUGAAUAGAAAAUGAGCAUGAAUGUAUAGUAUAUUCUUAAUCAGAUUAUAUGUAAGGUUAUUACAGCAGUAUUCUCUGUUGUUGACAUUUGUGUGUGUCGAGACAUAAUGGAGUACGCCUCCAGUGUUGAAGUCAAACUCCUGUGUUAGCAGCACCAAAGUGACAAAGUGACAGCCUGGGCAGUGUAUAUAAAGGUCUUGGGCUGCCCAAAUGACAAGAACCCCCUCUUGGCCUCGCUGAUGUGGUCCAAAGGAAAGCAGAGCAAUAUGUUUGGCACCAGCUUGGCUGUAGGAGUUGGCGGAAGGAGGCGUACAAAGAGCCAUUCAGCCAUCUUUAGGGACUCCACUCCGAAUUUAUGUAGUGUUUGCUCCUUAACCUUUUUUCUCCCAAAGAUGUCCCACAAGGCAGCAAAGGUUUAGGACAGGGGUCUGCAACCUGCGGCUCCGGAGCCGCAUGUGGCUCUUUUACACCUUUGCCGCGGCUCCGGGGCGGAUACUAGCGAGGAGACGAGGCGCAUUGUGCGCCCCGACACUCCCCACUGUGGCAGGCGCUGUACUGGCUGUGACGUCGCAUGGGGGCGGUGCGUGUGUUAGUCACGCACCGUCCCGACGUCACCUUCCCGCCCACCCGCUACAUUGUAAGGGGCAUGUACGCUGGUCACUGCAUUGAAAGGGGGCAUGUACGCUGGUCACUGUUUUGAAGGGGAGUGAAGAACACACACACACACAAAAAGGUAACUUGUUAAUUUAACGUUUAUUUCUAUGAGGAGGAGUAAUUCUGAGGGGUCAAACGAAGAAAUAAUGAAAAAAAGUGACAAAAAAGUUAUUUUUAUAAUGACGAGUUUUGCGGCUCCCAGUUUUUUUUUCUUUGGAAACAGGUCCAAGUGGCUCUUUUUGUCUUAAAGGUUGCAGACCCCUGGUUUAGGAUUAGAAUUUUCCAUCUCCUAGAUGGGCAGGCUACCUUCCCAGGUUGAUGAGCCUCACCUGCCCCUCUUACCAUUAAUCUCCUAAUAUCCAACCAAAAAUCUGUUGUCUUGCAAUUUCAUUGAAACAUAGAACGACAGAGAUGUAAGGGACUCAGUGGGUCAUCUAGUCCAGCCCCCCGCAAUGUCCAUUUGAUGUAUGCUUUGCUACUGGGGGAGGAAGAGUUUUUGUCCUCUUCCAUGUCCUCUCCUUUUCUAAACUAAAAAGUGUAAAAUAUUGUUGCUCCAACCUCUUGAUCAAAUCUGUGUUCAGUUCUUGCCGAGAAUUGUACAAACAGUAGUUGCCUUGUAGUACACAGGACAUGGCUGCUGGAUUAUAUACAACUAGGUGAAUUGCAUGCCAUGCAGGCCUGAUAUAGAUGGUAACUUGUUUUCCUGGCUUGUAUGCUAGGUGCUUGUGUGUUUGCCAGUGCACUUAUGGCAGAGAGCUAGAGCUACUCUUGGCAUGUGUAUUUGCAUGUGACCAGAAACGUGUGUUACAGAUAUUUGAGUACACAUACAGGCAGAACACGUCUACUAGUAAAGAAACAUAAUAUAUGAAGUUGCCCGGUAUGCUGCACAUAGUAGUCUACAUGAAGAUUUUAUUUCUUAUACAGUACUGGUAUAAAAGGUCUAUAUGAAAGUGGUUUGAUGUAAUAUUUGAAGUAAUUUUUCAAGGAAUUGUUUCCCCCAAUGCUUAGUUUAAAAAAGGAGAAAUGUCAUUUCAUAUUUUUUGUACCAUAUGCUUUCCUUUUAUUAGCUAUAGAUAGGUGUUGGUUGUGUUUCUUCAGUAGUGAUGGAAAUACUAUCUUUACUAUUUAACUUGUCCCUGAGCUCAGUUCAGGCAUUGAAAACUGGUUUUGUGGUCCUGUUGACUAUGUUUGGUGGGCUUUUUUCUACCUCUUUAAUGAACAAGAGCUUGAAAUUUUAUCUCUCACAUGUAAGCAAAUUAUUAUUCAUUGUACUAAAUUGACAUGUUUAGGGUUGUUAGUUUCUCACAUAUAACAAUUAUUGUGCCUUUAAUACAGUAAUUGCUUUGCAGACUUCUAUACGUAAUGUACUUAUUAUGCCUGCUUAUUGUAGGGAGAAUGCUUGCCAUCUUUUUCCUCACAGAGCUUCUGUGUUUUUAAGACUUGUAUAAUGUUCUGAAAUAAUAAUGAUGAUAAUGAUGAUAAUGAUAACAGCAACAACAAUAAUUUAUUUAUGCCCCACCUUUCCCACUGAUGGGACCCAAGGCAGCUUACAGAUAAUAAUACGAACUGAUAAAACCAUAGAAAAAAACAAUAAUUAAAAACCUAUCAAACAUUGAUAGAUUAUAUAUAUGUAUACAGUUUUAAUUCUAUUUAAAGCAUAUCAAAUUUUCUCCCAUAAAUUAUUGGGACAACAAGAAAGGAGACCGUCUUGUUUCUCUAGGGAGGGAGCUCCAAAGUCUGGGCACAGCCACCAAGAAAGCCCUCACCCAUGCCCCUGCCAAGCAUGCCUGGCCUCCCCGGGAAGGGCCUCCCCGAAGAUCUCAAAGGUUUGUUUGAGGGAAUACAGUCUUUCAGAUAGCCUGGACCCAAGCUGUGUACGACUUUAUAAGGGGAUAACCAGCACUUUUAAUUUUGCCCAGAAACAGUCAGUGAAGCUGUUGUAGCAAAAGAGUUGUAUGCUUGCUGUAAUCAGCCCCGGUCAACAAUCUGGCUGCAGCUUUCUGAGUACCUUUCAAAGGCAGCCCUGCAUAGAGUUUAUUAGAGUAACACAAACAGGACGUAACUAAGGCUUGUGUCACUGGCCAAAUCAGACAUCUCAAGGAACAGGUGCAGCUGGGACACUAACUGGGUGGCGUUGUGGGUUAAACCACAGAGCCUAGGACUUGCCGAUCAGAAGGUCAGCGGUUCGAAUCCCCGCGACGGGGUGAGCUCCCGUUGCUCGGUCCCAGCUCCUGCCAACCUAGCAGCUCGAAAGCAUGUCAAAGUGCAAGUAGAUAAAUAGGUACCGCUGUGGCGGGAAGGUAAACGGCGUUUCUGUGCGCUCUCUGGUUCACCAGAAGUGGCUUAGUCAUGCUGGCCACGUGACCCGGAAGCUGUACGCCGGCUGCUUCAGCCAGUAAAGCGAGAUGAGCGCUGCAAUCCCAGAGUCGGUCAUGCCUGGACCUAAUGAUCAGGGGUCCCUUACCUUUACCUUUACCUUUAAUCCUGGACAAUGCAGAGGCAAGAGACAAGUCUUUAGCAUAUGUGCCACCGGGGUGCAACGAUCCGCCCAGCGCCCCCAAAUUUAGUUGUGAGCGGCAUCAUUGAGUCUGACAAGCGCCGCCACUGGCACGGUGCAUCUUUGGUAAAUGAACACACAAAGUUGAAAGUCCUUUAGUGAAACAGUAGGUAUACAUUUUGGUAAUACCUAGGUAUAUAUGUAUUGUGUUUUUCUAGCUUGAUCAAAAUUAUUUAUUAUUUCAUAACAGGUAGAUAGUUAAGAGCUUAGGCGGCUUCAGUGGUGGGCACCUGGUGUCCCCCAGAAUUCGGUGCCCGGAUGCCCCACACCCCUUGCACCCCUGGGUAAAGACGGCCCUGCAAAGUCCUGGGCAUACAAGUAGUUUCUACAUAGGUAUCACUUUUCCCCUAUCAGGGCAUCUCUGUGAUGUGGGAAUUCAUGUGGGUGUUAAAGACAAAGAGCCUUUGCAAAAAAGGUGAUGACUAGAUUUAAGUCAUUUCUGUUAUCCACUGUUUGUUCAUUUACACUGUUGUAAAAUCAGUUGCAAUGUCAGCUAGAGCACAUCUGGUGAUAAUUCAGGACACAGUUGUGAACCAAAUGUGGUUUAAAGCCCAUUUAAGAGCUUAUUUUAUGAUGAUGGUGGUGGUGGUAGUAAAAGAAAUAUUUCCCACUGAUAUUGCAACUGCAGAAUGCCAUCUGGCAGUGCUGCUUAGGAAAGACAGGAGGCUGAUACAGUUGGAUGACUGUGAUUCUUUGGAAUCAAAUAUCACUCACUCUGAUAUGCUUGAAAUAUGAUCUGUCUUGGAUAACAAGCCAGUUACAGGAACUGUAUAGGAUGUCCCUUAGCAGUUGCAUGGGUGAUGGAUUUCACCUGAGGUUGUGAACAAAGUACUUGGGGAAGUCUGGUCAACAAUUUUCUCUCCUGACUUUCUUCUGUCCUAGCUGGUGACAGCCAGCUGAGAGGCUUUGCCUGCUCUUGUGUAUUUGGUAAUGAAUACAACUUGACCAGAGGGUUCAUUUUGGGCCACCUUGAAGGAGGCAUGGUUGUUCACAUUAUUUAGCUGUUUAUAAACUUCUGUGACAAUUGUAGACUGCGGAAAGUCAGCAUACAAAAAAAAAUGUAUGUAUGUAAAUAAUCACAUAGAAAGAUAUUAAUUCCACUUAUUUUUGUACAAAAGUGUGCUUAAAAUACUGACCUUUAAUCUUCCAUGUUGAAUACUAUUACUACACUGUGGAAUGCCUCUGUUCUGUAUUCUGCUCUUCAAAAUGCAGUGGGUGGAAACAUUGGAAGUCAAGCCUUUUUCAAUGCUUGAAAGGUCAGAUACAAGUCUGAUGCAGAAAACCUUGUGGCCAUCCGAAAAAAACUGUGCUUGUUCUCUGAGUUGAACAUGCACCUAAACUUUCCAACAUUAAGAAGACUUGUGUCGAUUGUGUUCCAGUUAUACAAAUAGGAAAUACUGUAUAAUAACUAACCUUUAGUCUCUUCGAGUGAGAUCCAACAUUUCACCAGCAGACAUAAUGAGACUCCUUUCUCUUUCUCCCCAACCCCAUGCCUUUCCAAACUAGUUCUGGAGACGCCUCAGCCAUCUGGAGCAUAUUUUGGAGGAGUAUGGGGAGAAGAGAAUUCACAUUUGUGCGAGUGGUUGUCUGCUUUGCAAGUGGGAUGCCACAAUUUGUUAUCACUCUUUGAGGUUUUCAAAAUAAAUACUAAUUCUUCCCUGUCCUCAGCUGUUUAAAAUUAGCUAUGAUUCUUCUGUAGAUUAAAAAAAAUACCAUGUGCAGAAAGAGCCUUUAAGCUCUGUGCCUUGCUUAUCAGGCUCUGAGAAACUCUUGUGAGCUCUGGAGGCCUUCAUGAGAUCUUGGAUGGCCUUGCGAGAUCUUGUGCUGGCUCUGGAAGGUAAGAUUGCUUGCACAGGGGUAGUUCCAGGAGGUUGUUUUGAUUAUACACGAUUUUGACUUUACAUGCCACCCCCUGGAACAUCCUUCAAGAUGCGAUCCUACUGUAUAUUAAUAGACUAAAUAAUUUCGUUGUAGCAGUUAUGAAGCUUCUGACAAUGUUGGCUGAGCCAUAGGAAUGUGAUGAAUGUUGAUGAACAUUCUAUUUCCUGAGUGAAUUAAGCUGUUAGCCAUAGAAUGUUCAAAAGCAUGGGGGAAGUUAAAGGACAGUUGGCCUUUUACGGAACCUAGAGAUAGGCAGAGUUCUGUGGGCAAGGUAGGGAGACUGAGAGGCAGAAAAAUGAACGAGAAGCCCUUCAGUCUCAUGGUUGUUUGAGGGAGGAAGCCCAAGGUGUUUUAGCUAGGUAAUCAAAGCUGUGUGUUUGCUUGGAAAUUUUCUAAUUUGGCUAAUUUUCCAGACAAGCUCCUCUCAAAUUUUGGGAUAUUGAGUCUUUUUGAUUAAAUAUGAGUUGAAUCCUAAAGAUUUCAAAGUUGCAUCUAUUAGAAAAUUACACAUGUUAAAUAGCUUUAGUACUCGUUUUUAAUCUCUCUUCUGUAUGUGAAUAGAAACUUUCCAUCUUACACAUUAGUUUACAUGUGUAUUGAUGGAGCUGUAGUUGGGAGAUGAAUCCUGAAGGGACCUUCUCUACAUCCCCCCCCCCCCCCACAAAGAACAUCUUAAUUUUCUUUCUGCCUUGUUUUUCAUUUUUCACGAUAUAAUCUACAAGUGUAUAAGUCCUUCACUUGGUCACAUGUUCAAUAAUUAUGUGUAGAAUCUGCAAGCAUGCUCACCCACAAACACGGUACAGUGAGCAUAUUGUUUUCACUGUCUAGCCCACUUUUCAUCUCCCAUAUAAGCACAGACAUUUUCUUUCACACCAACUCAUUUUCUCUCAUUCUCACUGUUCUGGCAUAAACCACACACUGUUUUCUCUCAUGUGCAUUCAGUAAUCAUUUCCAGAUUCUUCUGAGCCUUUGCAUUGUUGUUUGCUGUCUCUUAGGAGGUAUAACAGACUAACUGCUGAGGGACAGAAGUGCUAGCUGCUUACUAGCUGCAUUGGAAUUGAAGAUGUAAGCUGGUUACUAUCUGGUUUGGAACUUUGAGCCAAUCUAGAUGUUGGGGUUGUGAACUGGCAUACCAGGACAAAAAUUUCCACCCCCCAGCUUUAUAAUCUCAAAGAACUCACAGUGUUAAGUCAGGGCAAUCACAUUUAAAGGCCCACCUUACAGACAUGUAGCAAUGGUCUGUCAAAUGUUUGAAAGCAAUUGCAUGGCAUUAACUUUAUUUUAAAAGUGUAAGUUUUGGAAAAAGGUGGAGAACAAUAUUUUGCUUCAAUUUGUCUUUUUUUUGGUAUAUUUUUCAGGUGAAGUUUGGAAACACCACAUUUAAGACAGAUGUGUAUCCCAAAUCUCUCAAUCCUCAGUGGAAUUCUGAAUGGUUUAAAUUUGAGGUAAAUUCAACAAAAAAGGUAGACUUAGAAGCAAGUUAUUAAGCCCAAAGAAUGUCCAUUUUCAACUAACAGCAGCUCCUCAUUUUGUCUGAAUCAGCACAAAAUGUACUUAGUUUAAUCUGGUUUGUCCAAAGAGAGAAGAUCAAACUGGUUUCUGAUUUUGGAUUGUUUAGAUAAACUGUAGCAAAAACUUAAUUGCAGUUCCCAUUUCAGACAGAAAAACAAACUAGUUGAAAAACAGAAGGGGAUGUUUUGUAGUGGUCAUCUGAACAGAACCAUUUGGAAUUCGUAGUUUUUGAGACCCCUACCAGUUUCAUGUUAAUCUUUAUUGUAUGCUCCACAGGGAAUUUAAACUAGCAAUUUUGAAUCAAUAAAGGUUUUGUUAAUACAGAUUCUGCCUUGUGAAAUUUUGAAGCUCCAUAUUUUUAUUUUCUAGGUGGAUGAUGAAGAUCUACAAGAUGAGCCUCUGCAGAUAACUGUUCUUGAUCAUGAUACUUAUAGUGCUAAUGAUGCCAUUGGAAAAGUUUACAUUGAUAUUGAUCCUCUCCUCUACAGUGAAGCAGCUACAGUUAUCUCUGGCUGGUUUCCAAUUUAUGAUACGAUACAUGGUGAGAUUUUUAACAUUGUUUUAAAACAUAUUUUAUUUGGCAAAUCAUUUAAGAGCGUUGAGGUAGACUUAUUGUGCCAUUUAAAAUACAACAUAGUUUUAAGCUUUCCUGAGACAUCAGUUGAGUUCUUUCAGUUUCACAUGUUGUUUCAAAUAAAGAAGUUGUGUUUAAAGUUAAUGCCAUUUUUUCUUUUGCCAUGGAUCAUAGCACUGGGAUGACAAAUCUUCCAAUGCUAAAUCCCUGAAAAUCUGGACAAAAAUAGUAUUAUAUAAUAUGUGAGCAACACCUAAACAGUGCUGUGUAAUAGCUGUUGUGAUGCAGAUUUUGGGUGAUAUACUUUGUUAGUAGACUCACAGAAGUCAGUGAUCUAGUUAGAUGUUGCUCUAUGUAAUUUAAGUUUGUGUGUGUGUGUGUGAUGCUGUUUUUAUAAACAACAGUUACAAAACCAACAAUAAUAAACGAUUAGUACUGAAAUGUCUACAUUAACCUUGUGGAAAGAAAUUUAAUUUAAAUUAAUUUUAGAAACAAAUCAAAGAAUUCUGACCAUAUACUUAAUGUGGUCACUUCAGUUAUUCUUAACAUUUUAAGAUAAUUUUAAGAAUACCAAGUGUAAUCUUUAAGUUACAUUAUGCCAUCGUAAUAUUUUCUGAAAAACUUGCCUUAAAAAACUAUUUAUGGAAGGAAUGCCUUUUAUUUUAAGUAGACCUGUGUUAUGGAAUGAUCUGUACUCUUUUAAAAAGGAUACAGCACAUGACAUAGGGUCAUUAAGGGUGUUCCUCAAUCAGUUUCCUGAUGAACUUACUGGCUUUGACUCAUGUUUCAAGGGAUUAGAGUUCACAGAGUGGUGAAGCAAUGCGCUGAAGCAGUAAGUUUUACUUGACAUCAGGCUUACACCAUCCUUGCAGCUAGGACAUAACUAUGGAGGGUUUCUUGCAGCUAUUUAGAUCUGUUCUUGACAUACUCUUCAGUUUGACACUUUUGCAGACUGUGGUUGUUUUUGUCUUCCCAAGUUUCAGGUUCCCAAGCAGUUUUAAUUCACUAUAAAAGUUGCUCAUACCUUUCAUGUUGUAUUCCAUGUUGUAUAUCAUGGCUAUACUGUAAUAUGUCCAGCGCUGAGGGCCUUCUGGUGGUUCCCUCAUUGCGAGAAGCAAAGCUACAGGGAACCAGGCAGAGGGCCUUCUCGGUAGUGGCGCCUGCCCUGUGGAACGCCCUUCCAGCAGAUGUCAAAGCGAUAAACAACUACCUGACAUUUAGAAGACAUCUUAAGGCAGCCCUGUUCAGGGAAGUUUUUAAUGUGUAACAUUUUAGUGUAUUUUUGGUUUCUGUGGAAGCCGCCCAGAGUGGCUGGGGAAACCCAGCCAGAUGGGCGGGGUACAAAUGAAUUAUUAUUAUUAUUAUUAUUAUUAUUAUUAUAUGUGAUGCCAUAGAAUAAAGAAUAUUCCAGUUCUAUUUGGGACUGAAAUACUGAAUAAGAAUGUUCCAUUUGCUAAGUGAAUCUGCCCAGUUAUUAAAAUUUUCGUUAGAGGCCCUUUUAUAGGUUACUUCACCUUAGUCAGGAAGGAUCUGGUGACAUGUGAAAGGACAUUCUCUACCAGUACCUCCAUUGCCCAGUCCAUGUGGUGUGUUUAGUUUUCAUUUGAGUACCUAUUUGAUUUUUAGUAUUUUUGUGGCUCUGUUUUUACCAUCUUUUAAUAGAUUAUCUAUUGUUUUCUGUUCUUUAAUUAAUUCUGAACCCCCUUGGGAGUCUUUAGGCUGACAAUGGUAUUCCGAUAUUUAAAGCAAUCAUGGAAGACUAUUUUUCUAUUGUAAUACAAAUUCUCACUUUCUCGCAUAUUUUUUACAAACAGGUAUACGUGGAGAGAUCAAUGUGGUGGUGAAAGUAGACCUCUUCAAUGAUUUAAAUCGUUUUAGACAGUCAUCAUGUGGAGUUAAAUUUUUUUGCAGUAAGUCUAAAAACAUAGUUGGAAAAAAUUGUCUGUGAAAAAUGAGAUAAGUGAUGUACUAAAGAAAUAAAGCUUUUAAGAUUUAUAUUCUCUAGAUUGAAAAUAGUCAGUUAGUGCAGAAUACAAGUGCCAGAAGAGACUGCUUGUUUGUUUCCAUCCCCAAUUCAAAGCGAAUGGAUUUAUACAUACAUACAUACAUACAUACAUACAUAAUAAGGUAAAGGGACCCCUGACCAUUAGGUCCAGUCGCGGACGACUCUGGGGUUGCGACGCUCAUCUCGCUUUACUGGCUGAGGGAGCCGGCGUACAGCUUCUGGGUCAUGUGGUCAGCAUGACUAAGCCGCUGCUGGCGAACCAGAGCAGUGCGCGGAAACACCAUUUACCUUCCCUCCACAGCGGUACCUAUUUAUUUACUUGCAUUUUUGACAUGCUUUUGAACUGCUAGGUUGGUAGGAGCAGGGGCCAAGAAAAGGGAGCUCACCCCGUUGUGGGGAUUCGAACCACCGACCUUCUGAUCGGCAAGCCCUAGGCUCUGUGGUUUAACCCACAGCGCCACCCACGUGCCUACAUACAUACAUACAUAUAUUUAAACCCUUAAUAAUUUUGGCAUCCAGAUAGCUGAAGGAGCCACAACUCUCAUACCAGACUACCCACACUUUUGCAGUCCUUUUCCGAUCCCUUACUCCGAAUGCCUCCUUUGGAGGUGAGAUGGGUAUCAACUAGCAAGGGGGCUUUUUUUUUUGGCUGUGGUGCCCCAGCUAUGGAAUGCUCUUUCCAAGAGGCUUCUUGGUACCAGUGGUUUUUAAAAUUUCUUUUUAGUGCUUGAUGUUUUUAGCAUGAUUCAUCUGUAAGCUUUUUAUCUUUGUGUUUUAUGGUUUUUUUGCGGGGGGGGGGGGGUGUAUUUCUUUUUUUUAAAAAAAUCAAAUUGUUUUAUUAUAAUCCAGCCUGGAAUGAGUUGUGGGAAAAGGUAGUAUAUAGUUGUGUUAAAUAAUUAAAAAUUUUACACUGUGCUUAUGCUUUUAACAGCUACUUCUAUUCCAAAGUGCUAUAAAGCUGUAAUCAUUCAUGGGUUUGUAGAAGAACUGGUGGUUAAUGAAGAUCCAGAAUAUCAGUGGAUAGACCGAAUCCGUACACCAAGGGCAUCAAAUGAGGCCAGGCAGAGGCUUAUUUCAUUAAUGUCAGGUAAUUACAAUAUCAUUUAUUGCCUUGAAAAAGACACACAUUAAUCUAAUAAAGGCUCUGCAUUUCUGUUAAUUUCUGUUGAGAUGUUUUGCAGAUUUUAUUACUUUGUUUUAAAGCCAGCUGAACAUUUUAUAGUUAACAUUACCUGAAAGAAUAGAAAAGUAUCAAGUUUGUAGUUCAGGGCUGCUUCCUGAACAAUCCUUGCCACUGGAGACUCAGAUGGCCAUGGUGGUUAGGACAACAUUCCACCAACAGCAACUGUUGUGCAAGCUGCACCAGUUCCUCCGCAGAGGUAACUUGGCCACAAGCUAGUAAAUGCAUUAGUAAUUAUGUAGAGGUUAUUCAUAUAAAUCUUGGUAAAUAAAAUAAAACAAGUAACUUUUAGACUGGAUUAUUGCAAUUCACUCUAUUUGUAGUUGCCCUUGAGGCUGAUUUGGUGGUAUAUACAGUGGCUAGGAUGCUUGAUGGACUAUCCUACCAUGCACAUAUUACUUUUGUGCCAGAGGAAUUGUGCUGGUUGUCUGUUUGCUGACAAACUGAUUGUAACGUUUUGUUACUCUUCUUACAAAGCCCUGUACAGCUUGGGACCAGACCACUUGAGGGCCUCCUUCUGUUUAAACCAGCUCAGUCCCUGUAUAAACCAGCUCAUCAUUGUGGAAGGCCCUUCUAGUCAUGCACGUCCAGCAGAGUUGCAUCACGUGACUGAAAGGAGGGCCUUCUCUGCUAUGACACUCACAUUGUCGAAUGACCUCCACUUAGAGAUAUGAUGCAGGUGUUUCCCCAGCCAGUAAAAGCUUACCUGUCACAGUUGUCAAUCCUGGCCACUGAUCCUUAAUACCAGCUUUAAAUGAACUGGAUAUCUGUUACAUUCUUUACAAAAAAAACAAAUACAGUAAACUAGUUUGUUAUUUUUAUGAUGAAAAUGCUUUCUACAUUUAUUUUAAACAGAUAAAAAUAAUUUCUCUCUUGGGUAUUAGGAAGUCUACAAAAAAUCAUAUUAAUAGUAACUGGUAAACAUUUCACUUGUUAACAUAUACAGUAACUUAAUAUAGCAAUAAUUUACAAACAGAUACAGUAAUUGCAACUUGGGGGUGGUGAUUUCUAGUCUGUGUUGAAACUUUAGCUCACAUUAUACAGCAGCCACGUAUCCCCUGGAAAGUUGGAAUUUCAAAGGUCAUUUUGAAAUGUUGAACUAUGUAAGCAAUCUUUACAGAAUAACAGUGUAGACACUGAAUGAGUGAAGAUCUGCUCUUAACUGCUUAAUGAUUCUUUUUCAUAUACUUGGCCGCUGAUUCAGCCUACAGUUGUUUGUUUUGCACUAAUUAUAGUAGUUCUAGCACUUAGCAAAAAUAUUUUUUUUACUUUCUGAAAGUGUAUUAUUUACAGUAUUUAAAAGUUGGAAAUCUGUUAUGUGCUUUCUGAUGGAAUAUUGCCUCCUUUGGAGGGGGUUGUAGUCCCUCUGAAGGACUGUGGGGAUUUCUGCACCAUUUCUCUACUUUUUGCUCUUCAAGCACCUCCACAUGCUCUAUAAAUUGCUUGCUUUGUGACAUGUUCAGUUGUAGUUUGGAGGAGGUGUGUGGUCACAAGCAUUUAGUUUUGAAGGUUGUUUUUUAAUAUCCGUAACAACAUGGAAAGAUGAUUUAAAUUACAUCCUGUUAUACAGAAGAUGUAAUUCUUUUGUAUAGCUAAAGUUUCAGUGUCCAUUUAUUUUCAAAUUUUGCAUCAAUCUUUGAAUGCUUACAUAGUACAUGCAAGAGCAACACAAUCGGGCCUGCCACAGAAAAUGAUCUACAAAUAGAUUUAAAGUCUGCUUGUAGUCUGCAGGAAAACACUUUUGGUCUCGUACUAAUGAUGGGUUUACAGUCUCAAUGCACUUGCCUACUAUUAACACUGCUCCCUAGAGAUUUCUUGUUGAUCAAUUUUGCACAUUAGAGAGCGUUUCUAAAUUCUUUUCUAGGCAAUGGAUUUCAGCACUGCCUAUCUAUGUUUAUUCUGAACUUAGUUUACUACUGAGUAAAUGAGUAUAGGAAUGAAGCUGGCAUAAUUUAUAUUUAUAUUUAGAGAGAUCACACACACACACACACACACACACACACACACAGUGUCCAUUGUUGUUUUGUUUAGCACUAAUACAUCAGCUGUUGCUCCUAGAAGCUGUCAGCAUGCAACAGCAGCCAUACCCAGGGUCCAGCUUUGACUAGCUGUCUAAACCAGGAGAGGGUAGCCAAUGGAUCUCAAACCCUCAGUGAGUUAGGGACUUCCUCUGCAUGUGAAGAAAGGCUCUGGAGGAUUGUGCUGUUUUAAAAUAAAAGUGUAGCAAAUUUGAAUAAUAGCUCCUAUUUUAUCAGUAUUAUAAUAUAUUAGAAAAUGGCUUGAAAAAUAUUUGGCGUCUAUUUUCAUGGUUAUAAAAAGUUUCAGCAGAGACACUAAGGGCCACUUCACAGACUAUAUAGUUGUCAUGAAUUUAACCUGUGUACAGGAAACUUGUUUGCAAAUAAGCAUAUAUCUGCAUCUGUGUUAUUUCUACUACAGGGUUAGGAAGCCUGUGGCCCUUUAGAUGUUGAAGGCUCAUCAGACCUGAAGAAUGAGUCCAACCACAUCAGAAGGGCCAUAGCUUCCCUGUAGCAGUUCUAUAGGCAUCUAUAAAAUAUUUUUAUGCAUCUGUAAAAUUGUAACUGGUGAAACAGUCCUUAAGCCCAUGUACAUCUGGAUGACAGAGCACAAAAUUUUUAAAAAAUGAAUAAAUCAUGCUAUCUAAAUGUGAAUACAUUUUUCUGUUCUCAUCUUUUUCUUAUUAUCAGACUUGCAAAUAUAUUUUAAGUUAAUUUCUGGCUAACUGGCAUAUACCUCUUUUGCAGGAGAGCUGCAAAGGAAGAUUGGCUUGAAGGUACUUGAAAUGAGAGGGAAUGCAGUUGUUGGCUAUUUGCAGUGUUUUGAUCUGGAGGGAGAAUCUGGACUAGUAGUACGAGCCAUAGGAACAGCCUGUACCUUGGAUAAAUUAAGUAACACAUCAGCAUUCUUACCCACAUGUAAUUCCCCAUCCAAAGAUAUGAAGGAGUAAGUAUGAGUCAGAUGUUCAUUGGAAAGAGAUUUUCAUGUUUUGUUUAUAUACUCAUACAGUUUUGCAUAAUUUCAUUUGUCUUCUGUGAUUUCAUACACACGUUCCUGCCUACCAAUCUUGUUGGUAAUUUUUUGGAAUUUAGAAAUCUGAGGGGAUUCAAAAUGAACUGAUGGUCCUAUUUGACCAGAUGCUGCAGAAAUAAAAUUUGUGUGACAAAUGCCUAUGCAGUCAUACCAUAUAUAAUUCUAGCAGUGUUACACAAGGUGCUGCUGAUGGUGUUUGCCUCUUCUACGUUGCAGUUCAAUGUGCGAGUUUUACUGGUGGUGAACCUGCAUCAAUGGAAUGUUUUGUCUUUCAGAAUCUUUUGCCAUAUUACAAUUUUUCAACAGACCUUCUGUUUCCAGUACUUGUAGUCUGAAUGUGCAUCUGCAUAAGAGACAAAAGUAUUAGAAUGUGAAUAUCAAAUGCUAUAAUACCAUAAGAUGCUAAUAUGUGUUAAGCUAUUUCUAUCAGGUUCUUAUAUCUGCCUUUAUUCUAAAUAAGAGAGGGAAGCACCAAGUUGUCUUUGCUGCUCUUUGACCUGAAAUAGUAGGCAAGCUUUCACUUCACUUAUAGUUCAUGGAGUUCAGUUUUUAGCAUGAGCAAGUGAAACAAAAAUAGUAGCAUGCCAGCCUGAAAGCACCUUGUUUGGGAAAGCUAUGUAUAUGCCUGGUGAAAUAGCAUCUAGCUACAUUUACAGCACCAUAAAGGCUUUUUUAUGCCAGCCCUAAGAGAAGGACCAGCAUAUGUUUUUUCUGUGUGUGUAAAUUGGGAUUAUGUGUGCUCUAGUUGAGAUAGCUGGAAUCUUGAAAACUAUCCGUUAUUUAGGAGCUUAUUAUUGAAAAUAAUUAUUUUCAUACAUUGAAGUAUGUGCAAAUGUUAGACUCACCCUCCCGUAACUGUAUAUUUUGUCAAUAUGCUUUGUACACUGCUGUUGCUGGGAUUGCUGAACCUUAGGUUUCACGCCUAUCUCAUAAUUCUGCAGUUAAACUUGUCACAUUCUGUUUCCAUAUCCCUCUAAGGUUGGCUCAGGUUUUAUGAGCUCCUGCAGGAAGCACCACACUGACAUGAUCUGUGUGAAAGCAGUUGAUAGCUAAAUGCAGGAUAUAUGACCAAAGUUAGUCUGUGCGAUAGCUAGUCAAGUUGCUUUUGCACUGGUAAGAUAAAUGCUUCCAAAUCUUCAUUCUGAAUUAGCUUCAUUCAUUGUUCAGAGUUGAUGCUACUUUGUCAUGGUUGAUCAGACAAUCAAAACAAAACGCUUUGUGAACUCGAAUGUCACUGGCUAUUUUUAUUUAUUUCUGUUUUCAGCUAGCCAUGAGACUGGUCCACAGAUACUGGCUUGGCUUGCUAGCCAACCUUUACUUGAUCUUGCAACAUACAUCCUUCCUCAAAUCCUCUGGCAUGCACAGAGGGCUUGGGGGGGGGGGAAGAGUAGAGAUUUCCCCCCUUUUAGCCUUAGUAUGGAGAGAAAUACUGCAACCCAGAAUAUAUUUUUUCCCUGCUGUUUCUUGCCUUUUCCAAUUCUCAGCACAAGUGAGAGUUUAGAGAAGUAUGGGCUACUGGGUUUUAUUUUCAUCAGAAAACAUGAGAAACUCAUAUAUUAUGAGUAAUUUGUAUAUACCCAUCUUUUUGCUAAGAGCCAUGUUUUUUUUAAAAGGAAGACAGUUUUUCUUUACAAAGCUUCCCUGUAGUGGAAUCAUAGGUCCAUAAGUAAAACCAUGCAAUUGCCACAUUGCUUUUACACAUCUAAUAACCUGCUAAGAAUGUUGGCCCUACAUCUGUUGUCAUUCCAUCUUAAAAAGAAAAUGGAAACAUUAUUUCUCCAUUCCCUUGUUGCACCUUGCAUGCUAAGAUUUUUAUGUUUAUUAGAAACAGAAUUAAGCCAGUCUAAAGAAAUUGCAUUGAAUCCAGGUAUUACAAGAUUCGCAGGCACCUACGGGUGUUUCUUUCUUCCCAGUUAACACAUUGCUACAGAUACAAUGUCACUUUUAACAAGGUAAUGCUUAGCUGCUUUCUUAAGAUUUCAUCUUAACUGUUUAGAGCAGGGGUGUAAAAAAAAUGAGUUGGAGGGCCAACUUCUCAGUGAGUAGAUCCUUGGGAACCACAUCCAUUUUUUAAAAAUAAAAAAAGUGAAUCCCAGCACAAUUUGUUAAACAUCUACUGCUGAGUCCCCCCCCCUCACACCACAAUUUCAAGUAUUUCACUGUCUGGUGUAUAUCCCUGACUGGGGCGGGGGGGAGCUAUGAACGAGAAGCUCCUGUCAGAAUCCACUGUCCAAUGGCUCCCUAGUUCAUCUCCCUUGUGUGAGCAUAAUUAAUUUGCUGAGGCCUUUACUUAGCAUGAGAUAAAUUGGAGUGGCAGGCUAGAGCCAUGUCGUCGAUUGAUCUGCUUGCGAGGAAGCAUGCCAGUUUGCCAUUUUUGGCUUCUUGGCUCACAAGACUGAAGUUCUGUGAAAUAUGGUAGGUGUCCUGUGGGCCAUGUUGGGAACCACAAAAAGAUAUGAUAAGGCCCUCAAGCCUUACGUUUGACACCCCUGCUUUAGAGCCUGCUCUUAAAGCUCCCUGAAAUAUUUUUUAAAUGUAACUUUGCAAUCUUUUGUAUGUAUUUUUUUUCUUUCCUUCCGCCUUGGCUGCAAAUUCUCUCAGGUCUCCGCUGGUUCAUCCACCAAGCCAUGGAUGUCGCUCGACUCACAACAGCCCAAUUCACACAGCUACUGGCUCACGGCUUACUCAGAACUUCUCUGUGUCUGUUCCCACUCUCAUCUACACUGGUACGAGACUGCUCAGACUCAGAAGCUGGGGAGAGACAGGCUACAGGCACAGUGACUGCAAAGGGCAGGCAGGCAGGCAGUGUAGGCAGGUACCACAAAACUUUUCUCACUGGGAGUCUUACUCCUGGAAAUAACUACAUUAGUCUUCAUCUGAUACAACAGAGGUGAUAGGCGACUGGAAUUUAAGCAUCUCUCUCUGUACUUUUGCUUGGUGUGUGUGUGAGUUUUUUUCCCUUUCCAGUUAUAAACUGAAAAACCUAAGGUGUGAAAAUAUCCCUUGUCAUGGGGGGAAAAUAUACAUCUUGAUUGGGCUUCAGGCUUAAUCAUGAUGUCCUCAAAGAUGUUUCUGUGACUGAAGUCUUAAUUUGGACAAACAGGUAAGGUACUAUUAAAUGUAACCAAGGUUGUCAAUACAAUGUUAUCAGUCUGGUUUCCUUCUUUGUUUUUAGCUGUGGCACACUGCAGAUGCUAAAGGAUAAGGAAACUUUCUUGGAAAUAUAUAUGUGUGUGUGUAUAUAUAAGUGUCUGUGUCUGUGUGUAUAUAAACACACAGAUAUAUGGUCUGCAAUUGUCUUUGUUUUCCUUUUUGAUAAUCUGGUUCAAAAAAGCAUUUUGCACUGUGAUGGUUUUGAUGGGUUUUACUUUCUUUGCCUGUUUUUCUUGGUUUUUGAUGCUUCAUUCCUCAGCUGUGUAUUCUGUUCUUGUUUUUGUUUUGCUAUCAAAUAUUUGCCAUCUCCCUACAAUAAUGCUGAGUUGUUAAACAAACUUUUUGUUUUUUGGUUUUUUGCCGUUGCCUUUGGCCUCAUAAUCCAUCUUUGCACUUCAGGACAACUAGUGGCCCUUCCCCAUCCCUUCCCACACCCUGUUGUUGGGAUCAUGCUGCUAUCAGCCCGGUCCUUUGGCAUAGGAUCACUGAAUAUGUUUCCACCUUCUUCUGGCAGGAUUCCUUUCAAUGAAGAUCCCAAUCCCAAUCCUCAUUCAUCAGGACCCUCCACCCCUCUGAAAAACCAAAUCUAUUCCUUUUCACCUUCCAAGUCCUACAGUCGACAGUCCUCUUCUUCUGACACAGAUUUGAGUUUGACACCCAAAACUGGUAAGGUGCUGCCACCCACGUUAUUUUGAUUUGUUUAUUUGUUUUGUUUAAUUUGUGUUGUUUCUAUUAGCUUUUUUACUCACUUCCUUUUCUCUGUUUUUUGGCAUGUAAGUUAGCACAACAACCCUAAAAUAGGAGAUCUCUCCUUCUCCAAUAAAGUUUGAAAACUGUCUACAUGUCUAACUCUUAUGAAUUGCUUUUUGCAUUAUUUAGUUUAUGGACAGCUUUUGCAAGCUGACAUAUAGUACAUCAGAAAAUAAUAGAAAGGUCACAAGGAGUUGUCUUUUAAUUUCCUCCACAUCAUAUUGCAAAUUAUGGAGAUAAAUAGUCACCAUAAUAUGUUGGGGAAGUAGUUUCGCAUGUCCUUUUUAACAGUGUCAUACUCAUAAGACUAACUACCUUCUAAUCCAAAUAUGUUUCUGUAUGUGUGCACUUUUUGGCAAUUAAUCACUUGAGCUUUCUAGAAAUUUGGCCAACGGGCUGCCUGCUGAGCUGCUUCCAAGCUAUGUACAAUUGGCAUAGACACCACCUACUUUAAGAUAGUAGUAAAUUCUUGUUAGCAACUUAAGUUUUGAUGUAGAAAACAUUUUAAGUUUUAUUAUUUCAUUUAAGGUAUGGAGUGAAUGCAUGCCAUCUUACAAACACUAAACAAAUGCCAUCAUCCCUUAAUGUUGCUGCUUUACUCUGCCUGCUAAUUCAGUGGUUCUCAAACCAUGGGACAGGCUUCCCUUAGGAGGCAUGAGGCACCAGGAGAAAGGUUGUGAAGUUCCAGUCAGGGAUAGGAUCUCGAAAAUUGUAGUGCCGUCCUUGGGCUCCAACCGAGACCUCAGUGGAGUACCCCUGACAGACAACCUCUCUGAUCAAUGUGGGACUUGAGGCAAAUUGCAUCUUCUCAGGGUGAUUUGACAGACAAGAAACCUAGAAACUGCUACUGCUUUGAUCUUUGAUGAAUCACUAUGCAAAGCUCCAGUUUUCUUUUCUAAAAUAUAUGGGGGGGGUAUUAUCCAGAUCCUUAUGCAUAACAGCAAGUCACUUGCACCUAAUUUAGGUGCAAGGAUCUCUACAGGUUCAUCUGUGGAAAAUAAUUGAUAUUAUGUGCAGAAUGUCGUGGAUGUUUGAAAAGGAGCCUGAGUUCAGAAAGUUUGAGAAACACUGCUCUAACUAUUUGGCUAUGUGCAUUAAUUUUCAUGCAAUCUACUUUUCUUCUUUUUAUCUUUAAGAACAAACUCUGCUAGAAGAUAAUGCAAUUGUUUUGGUUGUCUUUUUGUUUUUUGAAAUAAUAAUUUUAGAAAAUGCUACAGAAUCUCAGCUGUGAACAGCUGUAUUUUAAAUCCGGUUUUCCCCUGCCCCAUUUUGUUGUUGUUGCAUUGAAAAUAUUGUAGGCUGGGGAAACCCAGCUGGAUGGGUGGGGUAUAAAUAAUAAAUUAUUAUUAUUAUUAUUAUUGUAGGUGAAUUUAGUAAUGUUAGGGAGUAUGUUUCUCAUCUGUUUACUCUUAAAAGAGUACAUCUUUAUUUUGUACUUCCUUUGCUAGAUUAAAGGAUACCUACUGCACAUUCCUGUUUAUGUUGAUUUAAGAGGCUAUUUUAACAUGUGGUGUGGAUCUAAACUUGAUCAUACUUUGAGUAGGCCCAUGGUAUCCAUGGGACUUAAAAUAACUUAAGUUGGCUUUGCUGGGUCUAUUUUAAGUGUGGAUCCAACCCAUUGUCUUUACAGAAAUAAAUUAUUUUUCUGUGCUGUUGAAUUUAAAGAAAAGGAAAGAAAUAGUUGGCAUGGCAUUAACUAUUCUUAGAAAGUAGGCUAACAUUUGUGCAUGUGUGUGAGGGAGAGAGAGCGAGAGAGAGACAGGCACGCGCGCACACACACACACACACAUACAUACACACAGAGAGAGACAACAUUUACUGCAUUAGAUCUAAUAUAACUAAUGGGAGGAGCAAGGAUCUCAACAACGUGGCCAAAAUCUUGCACUCACUUACAUUCCUUUGACUUUGGUGAAAUUUAAAUAGGCUAAUUGGCUAGACCAUGGAUGGAAUCCAAAGGGACUCUCAUGCAAAUGGAAUACAUUUCUGCUAAUACCAAGUGUCUGUGUGUGUGGGGGGGGGGGAGUUCUACAUUUUCUUCUGAUUCCUUCCUUCAUCUGCAUCUACCCUGUUUCGUAUCCCAUUCUACUCCUAAUGAACCCGGUCCUUUUCAUUGGCUGAAGCCAGACAGUGUCUGGAAAGUUUCAUUCCGUUAGCAGAAUUCCACUUGGAGUUUGUUGGAUCUCAAACUCUGAAACUAGUUCCAUGAUCUCAAGAGAGGUUUAGACACAUUCUGCUUAAAAAGCAAACCUCUAUAAUGCAUGACAAAUCAAGAAGAGUUUUCAAAAACAGAUUUCAUACUGAAAGUUACUUCCUCAUUCCACUGAUGGAACACUUCACAUCCGCUAAGUGGCACCAUAGGCUACAAUCACGUCUAACCAGAUAGAGUAUACUAAUAGAAAUGAUGGUAUAUAUUCUUUCUAAAUAUAUUACAAGUGUAUAUUGCUAAAAAAGGGUCAAGUUUUGCUGUCAGUGUAGGUUAAGUGUUAGUGAUUAGCAUCUUCAGAAUGCUACUUUGAUGCAGCUUAGUCUUGAUUUAUGAGUGCUGUUUCUUGUUUUUUGUUUUUUGCAAACCAGCAGCGUAAUCUUCCUAAUAAAAUGUUGCUAGCUGUUUUUCUAACACUGGUCAUUACCCUAACAUAUAUGUGGAGGAAAUUGAGAAGAUAGGAACUAAAAAUAAAAACUUAGAGUAGAGCAAACAUGAAAUAAAAAUUAAAGGCUGUGUGGUUCAGGUUAAGAAAUUCCAAAAUUCUUCUGAAAAAGAAAAUGUACAUUUUUUAGGCUCGUGGAAAGUAGCUGUUCAUCAUCUGCAAGCAAAUUUAUUUUGAAUAUCAGAGUUUGAAAUAAAAGUAAAAGCACAUUGAAACCAUUCCUGCUAUUAAGGAAGAACAGUUUAUAAAUGUAUCAUUUGAAUGUGCUCUUCAUUCACAUUGUAGUGCUGUAUUUGUCAUUUCAUUUAUUGUAUGUCAGUAAUAGCUCAUUCAUAUUCUGUUAGGUUGUCUGUUCGUUUUUACAAAAUUUGGUUUUGCUUGAUUCAUUUUGCUUUUUUUCUUUUUGAUUUCUUUUUAAUCAUCUUCUGAAAUCUAUCAUCUCUACUGCUUCCCUCCACAGCACUUUCCCCCCAGGGACCUAGGAUUUUCCUGUAUCCCAGCUCCCCUACACUAUCUUGUGAUUCCCCACAGCUUAAACAGCCCUGUCUCCUUCUCUCUGGGUCUAUCUCUAACCCUCUUCACUCUAGCCAUGCCAACCCAAUUCUGAGGAAAAGUGUUUCUUUCACUGAAGAGCUGCUUCUGGCUGCUUCUGGUAGGAUCAAUCUUAAAUCGCCUUGCUGUUUUUUUUAGUCCCACUAUUGGCGCUGAGGGUAGUUUUAAAGCUUCUCUUGUUUUCGCUGCACACCCUUUUAAAACUCUGAAAACUGCUGGCUGCAUGACGAUAACAAAAGUCUACUCACUAAAUGGGUUUUUCAACUUAAUCAGCUUUCCCCCCCUUUAAAGUUUGGUCACCAUUUAAAGAAACCUCAUCCUUUUUAUACUACAGACUUUUCUCUUUUUUUCUCCAAAAACUUUACCAAGCAUUGGUAAUUGGCUUGUUUUUCAUCAUUAGAUGGUGAUGUAAUAAUUCAUUUCCAGUCAUUUUAAAAUGUUCCUCUGUUUUACCUGGAACAAGCAUUCAUUCUUCCUCUUCAGGCCAUUUCUAUUACUCUGUUGACCAUCAUGUGGCCAUCAGCCAUAUUUGGUUUCUGUCCUGUUUUGAAUACCAUUCCCAAUAUGCACCUCUGUUUUGCCUGUUAUUUCUCUAGAUUGCUUUGCUGAAUACAUACUUGGUUAGUGUUUGUCUACAGUUGGGGUUUUAGUUGUCCUUUCUUCUGCAAAAAUAUGUUUCAUUUCCACAAAUAGUCUUCAUUCCAUUCUGUCUUCGUUCUUAGUAUUGUAUAGUCCCUUGUAAGAUAUUAAAUUAGAUUGACAAUACAGAAUGGGACUAUACAGAUGCUAAUGUUAGUUUCCUUAUCCAAAAGCAGCUAAAAAUAUUUCCUUUGAUUUUUUUCUUUUGUCCUUACUCUAGAAUCUGGCAGUUUUGAUGCAGAUUUAACAUGUAGAUUACCAAUAUAAGUUCAAACACUUACAACCACUUUCUGCUUGCAUUGUUUGCAUUUGUGAAUUUGCAAGUGGUUAAAAAAUUCCAACCAUUUCAGAUGUUUUGUACAAAAUUAAUGUGUGAAUGGGUGGGAAAUCUUACACUUUACAAUGAGCUUAUCUGUUCGAAUUGUGGGUUUCUUUUUACUUGCCUUAUUUUAAACAGAUUAGUUUUUAGUCUAGUAUAGGAUGGUGUUUAGUGUAUGCAUCAGUAUCUGAAUUGUCAACGGUAUGGCUGUCCACAUUUAUUUGAGAUAGGAAUGCCUUUAAGGGAAGCAAGGGGCUGAGAGGCCCCCCCCCCAAUUUUCAAGGAAGUGGACAGGCCCCCUCAAUAUUCUGCAGCAAUGUUCGCACACUGUGUGCGCAUGCCAUGUGACGUGCGCACAUCACUCUCAAGCUGCACAGUGUGUGUGUGACAUGUCAGCAUGUCGCACAGCGUACGCGAAUGGUGUCAGUGUGUUGUGCACGCACGGUGUGCGCACGUUAUGUGGUACCGACCCCCCUCAAUUGCUGGGGCAAGCCGGUGUGCCUGAUUUGAGAUAUUUAGAGUGCCAGUGAUGUUCUGUUUUGUAAGUACUACUUGCUAAUGGGUAAGACCCCUUUAUUUCAGUGAGGCUUGCCCAGAAGCAGUUUCUGGUGGGUUAUUUCUUACGAGAGAGAAUAUGCAGUUCACCACUGGAAUUGUUAUGAUUUUUAGACGAGACUGAUCCAUAUUGGUGUAAGGAAACUAGGCAGCAUUGAAACAAGCCCUUAGCAAGUAUAUUGUAAAAAAAAAAUACUGGCUUUGAUAGUAGAAAUUGCAUUAGAAACACAGGAAGCUGCCUUCUGCGAAGUUAGACCUUUGGUCCACCUGCCUACACAGGCAGCUUCUCUCCAGAGUUUCAAGCAGAAAUACUUUCCUUUCCCCACCUGCCGAUGUCAGAGAUUAAACCUUUGCAUGUUUUCUACCCCUGAGCUGUGGCCUUCCUUAUUAUUUUAGAUCCUUCUGUGUGAACACUGAGGUGUAAUGCCCCUAAAUGCUUUAAUACUUUACCCUGAAAAUUUUACUGUAGAAACAAAAAAUGUUCACAGUUGCACGUUUGCCUUUCUAAAUGCUCUGGGCUCAUGUGAAUAUCAUAUAGUGCAAAUUUUUAGGGGUCCACAUAAACUCUAAGGUUUAGACCACUGUUUUGGUGCAAAAAUGUUCUAUUACUCUGAAACUUUUGAAAAGAGAAGUACAUAAAAAAUCCAAUUAAUGUCAGGAGAAGAGAGUCACAAUCUUUUGCCAACAGUACACUGAAACCUCUAAAACGAUAGGUUUUACUUAACCACAAUUUAUGAGCAUGUUGACAGAUUUUUUAUUCUAAUUGAUGACCUGCUUGUAAAAGUUAGAGCUUGAAGCCUGAAGUUCCCAGUAUUAUCAGUGAAAGAAAGAACAAACUAUGUUUAAAUCUUUCGACCUUCUACAGUUUUAUUUCUAUCUACACUAAAUCUCUUUUAAUUUUUCUGUACAUGUUGAUGGAAAAUUUUGCCAUCUUUUUGCUGCAUUGGAUAAAUAAAAAUACAUUGUUAGGUCUUCUCUACAAUUAGAAAUAAAAAGACUGACACAUUGUAUUUAUCAAAAUAUUUUUUUUUGUGCAAAGGUACAUGGUAAAUGAUUUUGACUUUCCGAAUCUUGCAAGUUUGACUUUCAUAAUUCUUACAUUUGCAUGUAUAUGCCAUGUUUUUUAAAUGAAAAUUCAGUAUAAUAUAUUAUUUAGCUGUUUGAUAUGACUGCUUACUUACAUGCUGAUAUCCUUUAGGAAUGGGCAGUGGGAGUGCUGGAAAAGAAGGGGGGCCAUUAAAAGCUCUGUUAAGACAGCAAACUCAGACGGCUUUGGAGCAAAGGGUAAGAAAAGCAUGAUAAUCCUAUUUUUAACUUGCAUGUCAGAACCCGCCACUGUGGAAAUGUCUCUUUAUCAACUGCUAAUUUCCUUGUUCAUUAAACAACUGUUAUUUCCUUGUGUUGAUCCUGAACUGUAUGGGAUUUAAUCCUUGUUCAGAUGGGAGAAUUAGAUAUUCAAAACAAGGACAUGCCAUGGAGUAUUCCACCAUAAGUAUGUACAGUAUUAUGUGUUUCUGUCCUUUCUCACAAUUUGAUAAACACUGUUGGAUAUCCAUACUCAGACUCUAGAAAGCUCUAAAACAGAAUUUAAAAAGCUAAAUCUUCAUGUAAAUGAAUUUGUGUGCCAUGUCAAAGCAGCUAUAACCUCCACCUGCUCCCUAAGCUUGUAUUUUUUAUGAACUAGAACUAGAACUAUAAGUACAUUCUGCCUAAUGCAGCCUUUCUCAACCUGUGGGUCCCCAGAUGUUGUUGAACUACAACUCCCAUCACCCCUAGUUAGCAAGGCCAGAGCUCAGGGAUGAUGGGAAUUGUAGUCCAACAACAUCUAGGGACCCACAGGUUGAGAACCGCUGGCCGAAUGGAUCUAAGCUCAACUGGAUACCUGCACUUAAAUUCUUUGUGAAUUUCUGAUUUCUUCACUAAAGACAAACUUUUACUUGUGUUUAGAGGACUGUACCAAAUGUUAUAUACUUAACACUGUAUAUGCACACACCAUUAAAAUGUGGAUUGAUUCUAAAAUGAAUAGCAACAUUAAGUUUGUAUAAAUUGGAUGAUUCUCUUUUCAUUUCUUGUGUUACCCAUUGCUAAGGGAGGAUCGCCUCAUAGGUUCUGUAGAAGGCGGGUAUGUUCCAAAUCAUUGUGUGACAUUUCUUUUAAGCCCUCUCUUUUUGUGUUAAUUUUAUUUUGAAACCCCUUUCGAGUUCAGAGUUACAUUUUAGGAAUUUGGGAUUGUUUGUUAAUAGUAUUAUUUCCAGAUUCCCCUUAGAAUCCUUCGGAUGCAAAUUUAUAAAGAUUUUUCCUCAGAUCAUUUAACAAAUCCAAAUCCUCCUGCUUAACCAAUAGUCCGCAUGACUGUACAUUUCAUUUAACUUUUCAUUUCAUUUAAAUAGCAAUUCAUAUUGUUUAUUUUGUAAUGUUUAAUUUGAAAAUAAACUAACGCAAAAAGGAAGUUUUUACCCUGUGCCCCUGUCUUAGUAAUUUAAAUGUUUUGUGGGUUUUUAUAUGUUGUUCGGGUUGAUAAACUUUAUUUUUAUUUUAAACUCCCUUUGCAAGCUUUUAAUACUUUGAUGAAUUCUUUAUUAAUAUGUUUAUUAGUCAUGAACAAUCAUUGUAAAUGAGAUACAACUUUGAAAAAGGCUAGGUUUAAAAUGUAUCUUUAAAAAUGCCCUAUACCUUCACACCAAAGAGUAUGCAUAUAAACUCUGUGUGAUGGUACAUUGUGGGUCUAAUUGGCAUAGUUGAAAUAUGCUUUAAUUUUACAUCUGCUUCUGUUUUCCCCUCUCCAAUCAAACCAUUUGUUAGUCAUCUGUAGUGCAACAAACCAAGUGUUACAGCUAUGUUUCUUCUAUUGAUUUUUGUGUGGAUUAUGCAGAAGUGUUUGUCCCUGUAGCCUGUACCAGUUUUAGGGGUUAGAUUAUAAGCCAGUAAUGUGGCUAGGAAAUAAUUUCCAGGGGCUGGUUCUGAUGUUACAUUCCCUACUUAAGGAAUGUAAGAAAAUGGCUGAAGAUGUAUUAAUGUUUGUUCUGAAUUAUUAUAUGUGCAAAAAUAUACUCCCAAUACUAAGAAAAGAAUAUCAUGGCAAUGAACAGCUUAAAAUCAACAAUAAAAUUACAUUCAUAAAACAAGUACUGUACAAAAACGCUGCCAAUCAGCAAUCAUUUUAAUACAUCAACUUAGUAGGAUUACCUGUCAGAGAAGGCCUAGGUGAACAGAUGAGUUGGAUUAAAGGGACAUCUAGUUCAAAACUCUUCUCUCCUAAAGCAGCCCCCUAGAUGUCCCCAGGUGCCUCUUAAAUUGGAAAUAGUAUAAGCAAAGUCUUAGAUUGCUCAUACAUACUGGUAUGCUGUGUUGUGUGAUUGCACAGCUGGCUUUUUAUUUUUUUAAAAAAAAUCCCAUCGACUUACAGUACAAGGAACUGGAGUGGAAAUGGGUUGAGAGCUCUUGUGAGAUGAUUUAUUGUUGAUGUCUCCUGUGCAAAUGCAUUUUGCAGUCUUUUUAUUAUGCCUUUUUAAUUGGAAUACACGGGACGUAGGGCUCUUGUUGGCUAUUGGUCAUGAAACCUCUACAUUUGGAGACUAUAUAACUCUGAAUAUCAGGACUAAAUAUAAUUAGAAGUCAUGAGAUUAAAAUGUAGAUGGCAUGGGACAGGCCUAUGUAUCAUGAGCUAGAAUAUGGCAGAUGCCAAAAUUAUGGUUGGUUUAUAUAUUGAUCUUGUUUGCAAAUUACACUAAACCAUGGUUUGUGUUGCAAGGAAGAGCUGUAGUGAGUCUUGGGCUUGUGCCCUCUCCCAUCUUGUUUCAGGCAUGGAGAUCAGAAACUUCUGUUUUAGAUUAUCCACAGUUUAGCAUUAUAUCCAAAGCCUAAACAGUGGAUAAUCUUAACUGUGCUUAGUGAAAACAAGUCAGUUUCAUAAACUAUGCUUUGAAAUUGUCUUGUUUCCAAUCACCAUAGUUAAGACUGACCACAGUUUGUCAGGGUUUGGGCAACACAACAAGAUGUGGUUAAUGUAAAACAGAAGAAAAACUUAUGAAUGCCUCCUCACUGCCACCCUGGAAGAAGACGAUGGUGGUGGGGGAACACACAGGCCAAAGGCUUGUUGCAGAUCAUCCUCAUGGUUUAGCAUUACAAGCAAAUGAUUCAUUGCAUUUUUGAACUGGAAAAAAAUGAGAUGGCUUGAAAUAAUCAUGGUAAUGCAGGCUUAGAGGUUGCAAGAGUUGAAUAUCUUUUUUAUUUUCCUUGUUCUUAUCUCUUAUUUCUAUUUCCCAUCUCAUUUUAGAACUGCCUAUGAAAUCUUGUGGGUUAGAUAUCUAGCUCUUUAAAAACACCAUACCUCUCAGCAAAAACAAAUAUUCUGAAAUGCUAAGAAUUGCAUAUUUUCUUUUCAGACUUUUAGAAGGUUUUUCGAAGUUUGUGCUUGGCUUGUUAAUGGCUUCUUGGCUUCUUCCAUGCUCCCCCUCUUUGUACUGCUUUUUAUAAUCUAAGGAAGAAUGUUAAUGCUAUGUAACUGAAUCAGUAGAUUAUCCAGAUUGUGAGCUUUAUAGUAUGAAAGUAGAGGCAUCUGUCAUUUUUCAUGUCAUAGUAAGAUGUGAUAAUGAUUAUUUUCUCCUUUCCUUUGCACUUACCAAUCAUAGGAACAUUAUGAAAUAAACCAUUGUUGCAUGAACUUCCAUUUAUUUUUUGCAUUGAUGCUGUAGAACUGGCAAAUGGAAACCCAUCUUCUUUCCCCCCAUAAACAUGCUAUAUAUUAUUGUGUGCAGAUCUGCAUUAGACCAACCCAUUUGGGGCCAUCUCUGUUUAGAGACAAAAAGAUAAUCUUGCAUAAAAGAUAUAGUAGAACUCUUGUUAUCUGAAUCUUAUUCUCUAGAUUCAGUUUUAUCCCUCAAGUAGAGUAGCCAUGUUCAAGAAAAAACUUCGUGAUACAUUUUAAAGUUGCAUUCCUCUUUAUUAUUCUUUAUGGGUUUUUGUUUGUAAAUUCCAUUUGUUUAUGGGCUGUGUGAUCACACAGAACAUUUUUAGUUGCCCAGAAAUUUCUGCUUGCUGGAGUCAAGAUUCCCUCCCCCCUUAUCUUUGCAUCUCUCUGAACAUUAGCCUUGUGGUUUUGGAAAGAGUGGUGCUACUCCUCUACUUGUGCUUCAUGUUCAGACUCACUCCUGCCAUCCCUUUCCUCUUUCCUAUCCGUUCAUUUGCUCCUUGUAGCCCUUCUCCUCCUGCCCUCUUGUGUCUGGAAAGCAGAUGUACAUGAUUCGAACUUAAGGUUGCAAUGGGAAGGGGAACUGCAGCCUGCAAUCACCUAGUGUAGCCUAAACCUAGUUUAUGCCAAUGCAUGGGUGUUUCAUGCUGUGUUAGGGAUCAGUAAUGCCUGUAAAAUAAUUUUAACUUGACCACCAUUCCAAGUAUUGUGGGUAUAUUUGCCUCUUGGUUAUGGGAGACUAAUCAAAUAAUAUUUUCCUAAGGCUUCUUCUCAAACAUCCUGUUGCCCUGGGCUCCUGGAAUAAAUAAUAAUAAUGCAUAAUAAGGAUAUUUUCUGAAAUGAUGGGCCCAAAUUAAUUUACUGUGUUUCUGGAUGUGCUUAAUGAAAUAAAACACUCUAGCAGCCGAAUCUCAGGAGCUGCAGAAACAGUGACAACAGUCAUUAUCAUAAUAGCACAAGGUACAUCAUUACACUAGCAUUGUAGAUUGAAAUUUCAGCACAAACAUGGGGGGGGGGUCACUGUAAUAUGAUCUGAUUGAAGUUAAGGAAAAAUCCAGGACUUUAUUAGGUCCUAGGUUCAGCAUUUUUCAAUACAUUCUCCUCUCAGAGUAAAAAGACUGUUUAGCACCUAUUAAAGCAUUUGUUUGUCUUUUAAUUGCCAUAGUAUAAUGACUCUUUGAGGUCCAGUUUCUGCAAAAUAAAGGCAAAGUCUUUGCAUAGUGUAUUUGUUUUUUAUGAGGCAAAAAAUAUGGAGGGUAAAGAAGAUACCUAACUGCCAGAACAAAGAUAGACUAUAGGAUUCCCAGCACGGUUCGCUGAGCAUUUACUUAGAAGUAAAUUACUGGUUUCCAUGUGAUUUAAACCCAGUAUGGUUUCAACAGCAGCUGUAGUAGUAGUAGUAAUUAAUGUCUUGAGCUCCCUGGAAGAAAGGAAGGGUAGGAAUGUAAGAAUUAAAUGUAAUUAAAUGUAAGAAUUAAACAGGACUUACAAGUAAACACCACUAAGAUCAGGCUCUAAGUCUCCUAAUAAUAUCUCUACAAUACUCCCUGAUCCCUCUUAAUGUACUCACUAGUACAUUUUAUUGAGUCCAGCACGAUGUGCCCAUUCUGGGCUUUAGGAUUCUAGUGUCACAAUAUAUAGUUAACAUUCCUGCCCAGCAGCAGCAUUAUGAGGGGGAAAGUAGUGUCUUAACUGCUUUUGAGAUGUCUGCUAACCCCACAGCGUGUUGGGUCUGUGGAUGGCAUACAUUUUGCUUGUUUAAUGCAUAGUGUAAAUCUUUAAAAAGCAUUUUGCCAACUGUUCUGCUUUGCCUGUGUUUCAAGAGAUACUUGCAUGUUGAUUGGUGAACAAUAGGCCAAGCCCUUAAGAUCAACUAUAAUUUCUUCCUUUUUUCUUCUUAUCGGAACAGGAAUUUCCUUUUUUUACUUUGACGGCCUUUCCUUCAGGCUUCCUUCUUCAUGUAGGCGGUGUUGUCAGUGCUCGCUCAGUGAAGCUCCUGGAUCGCAUUCACAAUCCUGGUAUGUUACAGGAAUAAAUCUUGAUAUUUUGUUGUGACCUUGACACUCUGUAUAUUUAUAUAUAUUUAUUGGAGGUAAGACCUUGCAAAAUGUUUUGAAGUGAAAUAAACAAAGCUUUAGCAAGACUUUUUCCCAACAGCCUUCUUGUAAAUGUUUUCAAUGUCAUCGAGCUAUUUAAUUAUAAUGCCAGUGAUAUAUAACAACAGAAUCAAUGACAGAACUGAAUUCUCAAAUUGUAAAUCUUACUAGGACUCUCAAGAGAAAGUGUUCAAGUGCAAACUUGGAUGUUUUUCUGUUUCAGCUCUUUUUAAAUGUUUGAAAGUUGGCUAUUGAGGAUACUUCCAGAACCUAGGAACAGCAUGCCUAAUUUUUUUGUGAUGAAUCAAGGAAAAUUGCAUAAAUUAUCCUGAGAUUUCCCUAGAAUAUUCUCUAAACAUGAACAGAGUAAGAUUUGGAAGUGAGGAACUCCAUUUUUCAGCAAGUUAGAGGCAAGAGGUUAGAAAUGCCCUUAUUCAAACGGUGAGCUCCCAGCCUCUGGUCCGUUCCUCUUAGAACUAGAAAGCAAGUGUUUUUCCAUUUAGCAUUACCCAUUUCCCAGUCAGUCUAAUCUUUUUUUCCACUGGGCUUUAGUUAGGAUAGGAAAGGGUGUAAAUUAGAGUUUGGUGGUGUCCCGUUUACUCUAGACGAGCAGAGAAAGAGGAGCAAAAGAGGUUAGGUUUGGAGAUCCCAGAGGGAAUAAUUCCCUAGACCAGGGGUAGUCAACCUUUUUAUACGUACCGCCCAUUAAUGCAUCUUUCUUGAUGGUAAAGUUUCCUUACCGCCCACCAGUGCUCGAUGGAAGGAGGAUUCAGCUUGCACCGUAGAACCCCCUACCGCCCACCUAGAAUCCUGAAACGCCCACUAGUGGGUGUUAGGGACCAGGUUGACAACCCCUGCCCUAGACUCCUCCCUUAAAGAAACAUUUCACUCUGCUUUUCCUUGGAUAGAUUCAAAGUGUGAUACUGGGAACUUAGUUGCCCUUUCCCCAAUCAGGAACUUCAGCAGUGGCCUCAGUUAGGCCACACAUAUCAGUUUCUUUAGACUCACAUCAUAGACUACAACCCUGCUUCAGUCUCCUGUUACUCAGAGUAAGCUGUGGAGCCCUGUGGACUCAGGAAGGAGGGAAGGAAUAAAGCCCUUGAGCUUAAGGUCCUAAAGGAAAAGGAGCAAGUGCCAUUAAUGCCACAAAUCUAAUUGUAAACAUAAAAAAUAAGAGUUAUCUGGUGGGCACUAGGACACAACCAGAUGAGAUUGUAGUCUUCCUGUUGCUUGAGGCAAGAAAACUCCGAAGGAAGGUCUCAGCCCUCUGGGAAUGUCAGUUUGUUUUCCCACCUCAGUUGCAGCAGAUCUAUAUUCACUUACUGCUCUUCUGGCCUUUGCUCCCAGUUCACCAAGUUGUCAUUUUCACUGUUUCUGAGACUUCAGAGUGAUUGCAUUUAGUUACUGUGUUUCAAUGUUUCAGUGUGUUGGGAAUUUUAUUUUCAGUCAGUUGUCAGUUAAGCUACCUCAUUGUGGUGUGUCUCUUAUUAACUGCCCUGUUACCUUUCCUAUUUAAUUGAGAUCCUGUUUAUUCAAAUUAACUGAGUCUUUUAAUUCAUUCCUCUCAUUUAUUAAUUCAUUAUUCCUCUCAAUUCAUUAAUUGUGAAAAUUGAUUUUACUUGAAUAAUUAUUUUGCUUGAUUGAAGAAAUUAACUGAACCCUUAAAAAAGCACAGCCUCCCAUUUAUAAUCCUUCUCGACUCCCCUAUCUUGCUGCUGGGUAAAGGCUGUGAACAGUUCUAGGUAAAGGUAAAGGGACCCCUGACCGUUAGGUCCAGUCGUGGCUGACUCUGGGGUUGUGGCGCUCAUCUCGCUUUAUUGGCCAAGGGAGCUGGCGUACAGCUUCCGGGUCAUGUGGCCAGCAUGACUAAGCCGCUUCUGACGAACCAGAGCAGUGCAUGGAAACGCCGUUUACCUUCCUGCCGGAGCGGUACCUAUUUAUCUACUUGCACUUUGAUGUGCUUUCAAACUGCUAGGUUGGCAGGAGCAGGGACCGAGUAAGGGAGCUCACUCAGUUGCAGGGAUUCAAACCGCUGACCUUCCGAUUGGCAAGCCCUAGGCUCUGUGGUUUAGACCACAGUGCCACCCGUGUCCCUGCUGUUCUACCGACUGCUAAAUACCAUGUGCUUUAAAGAAAGGUUCUUCUGCCUUUGUGCAGGAGCUAUGUUGAUAGAGGGCAUAGUAGCACCAAUGGCCCAAUUCCUCUCAAGAAGCAAGGUGUUGGAGCCAAGUCAACAAGGCAUGCAAAUAGAUGUCUGCCACUUGAAGGUGAAGCAGCACACCAUGACCAACCCCUUAGUAGCAGUGGCAGCAGUGGGCAAGGAGAUGGUACAGAACCUGAUUGGCCAGCAGUGGGCAGAGGAGGUGGCCAUCAGCUUCAGAGCUUGUGUACAGGCAAACCAGAUACAAUGGUGAAUGUCAGCAAACACCAGUGAAUCACAGAGAUGAGAAACUUUCUGCAGAUGAUAGAGGAUCUGGGUCAGCCCCAGAUCAACAGGUCUUGUUGAAUUCUGAUAGCUCUUUAGGGUUUAUGGCUAUGGAUUUUGAAGAACCCCCCUUGCCUGUAGCUCCAGUGUUUAUGAGUGCUUCAAUGCAAUUCAGUUGCUUUGUCUGUAUAAACAAGAAGAUCUACUACUCCCUCUGCUCAGUGUAUUGUACAGCAGUAAGCUGUUAUUUUCUCCUAACACCUGUCACAUUAAAACUAAUACACGCUUAAUGACUGAGAUUUCAGCAGAAUUAGUCACAGCAAAACAGUAUUCUACCACCACCCUUCCUAGGCGAGUUGCAGCUUGCAUUUUAUCUGACAUACAUGUCAACUGUCACUGCAGACUUUGAGGCCCAUUCCAUAGGGGCUGUUGCCACUUCAGCGGCAUUUUCCACUAACAUACCUCUUCAGGAGGUUUGUGGGGCAGCCACUUGAGCUAGUCGGAGCUCAAUUACUAGGAAUUAUAAGAAUUAAGAUAAACAUUUCUGCAGAGGCUGCAUUUGGGAGGUGAAUACUUCCGUGGGAUCUUCCUACAUAUUAAGCAGCCAGCACCUACCCAUACAUGUCAGGGUUAGCUUUAGCGCAUCCCGCUUUAUGGUGUCUAGUGCCUACUAGAAAAGGGACUAUUGGUUCUAUAUGAAAGGUGUUUUUGAGUGGCCACUAGAACAUCCACAAUACAUCCUAGACUGACUGACAAGCUUAUAGUUAAGAUUUGGUGUUAGGUGUGGACUGUCCAUAUAUUAACCUUGUGUCUUUAUAUGUUAUAUGUAGUUGUCUUAAUUUUUGGCUGUGGUGUUUGUUAGUUGAAUGGUUGGUCUUAGUACAGUGGUGCCCCGCAAGACGAAUGCCUCGCAAGACGGAAAACUCGCUAGACGAAAGAGUUUUCCGUUUUGGAGGUGCCUCGCAAAACGAAUCUGCUAUGGGCUUGCUUCGCAAGACGAAAAUGUCUUGCGAGUUCCUGGGUGUUUUUUUUCCUUUCCCCCCUCUUUUCUAAGUCGCUAGCCGCUUAUCUGCUUAUCCGAUAAGCUGAUAAGCUGCUAAAGCCGCUAAAGCCGCUAAUAGCGCUAAUAGCGCUAAUCCGCUAAUCCCGUCAAUGGGCUUGCUUCGCAAGACGAAAAAACCGCUAGACGAAGAGACUCCCAGAACGGAUUCUUUUCGUCUUGCGAGGCACCACUGUAUUAAGCAGUUUUUGCACUUGGCCAGAAGGUGAACUGACAUUCUAACGGAAACUCCAAGGGAGGGAUAAGAGAUUGCUUUCUCUGGAGUGAUAACAUUUUCCCACCUCAAGCAAUGGAAGGACCACAAUCCCAAAUGGUGAUAUCCUAGUGCCUACUCAGAAACACCCUUCAGAUCAGUCCCUUUUCUUCUAAUUCCUCCUUAUUCUUCUGUACUGUUCCUGCUCUAAGGAGUUCUGGAGAAGACUGGAUAGUUAUGGGAAAGGCAAAGAGCCAAUUAAGUAUUCUUCAUGUGGAACUUUUCCUAAUAUUAACUGUUCGACAGAUCCUGUCCGUAUGAUGAGGGCAACUCCAAAACCUUCAUUCCCCAAUAAAGGGGGAACUCUAGUAGUGGGACAGCUCUUGUCAAAACAGGGACUCUGUUUAAGCUUAUUAAAAGGGGGAACCUCUCCAGUUUCAAUAGUACAGUGGUGCCUCGCAAGACGAAUGCCUCGCAAGACGAAAAACGCGCAAGACGAAAGAGUUUUCCGUUUUUUGAGUCGUUCCGCAAGACGAAUUUCCCUAUGGGCUUGCUUCACAAGACGAAACGUCUUGCGAGUUCUUGCGAGUUUGUUUCCUUUUUCUUAAAGCCGCUAAGCCGUUAAUAGCCGCUAAGCCGCUAAUAGCCGCUAAGCCGCUAAUAGCUGUGCUUCGCAAGACAAAAAAACCGCAAAACGAAGAGACUCACGGAACAGAUUAAUUUCGUCUUGCGAGGCACCACUGUACUGAAUGCAAAAAAGAUAGUUGCUUUCCCUUAGAAGUACUUUGAGAGAAUUAUCACUUAAGGUAGUGGAUGUACAGGCUCCUUUUACUUCCUAGCCUCUGGAAAUAACCAAAGUAUUUCCUGGUUCUACGCAAUCAUUUUUUCAAGUUUCAUUUCCACCCUUCCUUGCCCAGGUUUUGGUCUGAAUGGAAGACUCCAUCAGCAGCAAAACCCAGAAACAAGUUGAGAUAUUGAUUGUGUCCCCUUCCUAAGGACAUCUCUAAUCCUUUAAUAGCCCCUAAAGUGGAUGCUUCUGUCACUGACUUGUUUUCUAUGACAGUUUGCAUUGAUUUGUAAUUGAUUUCCUAGCAAGGUAAAUGUCAGAAAGGUAAAUGUACCCCCAGAAGAAGCUUUAUGUCAUGACAGCUGCUCGUAAGGCAUUGACUGCAGGAAUCAGUUUGUUUCUGUGGGCUAAUCAGCCAGCAUCACUUCUGAUAACCUGUUUUUUGAUGGUCAUGGUAAGCUGUCCUUGGCAUCAGCUUGGGAACAAAUGCUAUUCUGCAUGCCUUCAGAUUGUUUUGUGUGAACCACAGUGGCUAAUAUGGUUGCUUGGCUUGGUCACCAGAAGGCCCUCUGUUCAUGUCCAAAGAGAGGAGAUUCUUUCUUUCUUGGUAGAUCUCCGUUUUGAUAACUUUCAUCUCACCUAAUCCAUUUCCAACUAGGUAUAGACUUAGGUAUAAAUAGAUGGUUCUUGUUUCUGUUUUUCUCCUUGAUGAAGUCUUGUGUUUUGGUGUUGUAGACUGAGGACUGGGAGACUUUUCUUUUGGGUAAGGUCAUUUUCUAUGUCUAACUUUUGGAAGAAGAGGACUUCCCACUUCAGAAAAAUUCCUCUGUUCCUGUCCAGAUUGGAUAUUGGUCAGAUCAGACACAAUCUCCCUUUUGCCUCUAACCAAUAAAGAUAUGCCCAUGUCCAAGCUCCUUAACAGAUCUUGUGCGUAUCUGUGGAGGUAAUACCUAGUCAGCAUGCAAAAGGGAAAGCUGCCUGUGGGGAAUUCCCCUGUUUCUAGCAGUUCAAGUGGGCCUAGGUUGUGUGCAUUGGUCUGGCCCUGUUUGGAGAGUAGAUGAUUCAUGCCUAAUAUUGCACUUGUAGAGAGAGCCUUCUUAUUCAGUUGAGACCCCAUCGCUUCCAACAUGCAAUUAGUUCCAGCCAAGCUUUUUCUGCUGUGAAAUUUUAAAUGUUUUAUACGUUAGCCACAAAAGUUGAAAUAUAGCCAUUUAAGUACUUUUCCCUUUUCAUGUCUCAAUACAUUAAUGAAUCCUACAUAACUUGAGAAAAUCUCUGUGUAGCAUGAAAAGAGAAAGGACAAUUUCAUUGGAACAUUUUCCAAUCUAAUUUCCUGUUUUUUUUAAAAAAAAACAUUUAAAAAAUAAAAGAAAAAUGCUUCAUAAGAAAACAAAGGAAAAUCUAGAGGCAGGUGAGAGAUGCUUGUGCUGAUAAAAUGCUAAUGGCUAUUCAAAAAUAGAUUCUCACAGAACUGAAGCAACACAGUAGUUCUGAAACUGUCCUGCCAUUUGCUGUCUUUCUUUAAAACGUUAUGCUAUCAUUUCUGCUCAAAUAAUAUUAACUGAUAAUUCAAGAGAGAAAUACAUGAACUGCCAGAUGAAUAAGUAGGGAAACAUAGAAAAGGACUUUUGAAGCAUGGUAUUGGUAAUUGCGUUAAUCUUUUUUUACUUGAUAAAUAUAGCUAGAAUAAUACAGCAUGAUCCUUCCAUCCACCUUUUCUAUUUUCACUCUCUUAUUAACUUUGCUGUCUGUGUCUUUCCAGUUCCUGUGGAGUGGUAUUAAUCAGUUGUGUUCUUGUUGGUGGUGUGCUGUUUUUUUUCUUUCUUGCUUUCACUAUUCUGCUAAAACUGAUCUACUAAUUUGCUGUUUUGAACUCAGCCUUUGUCGGAAUUAUGGGUAACACAAGAUCAUACAAACUGCUAGACUGGAAUAGUUUCAAUUCAGGUAUUUUAUUAGUCAUUCAGUACUACAUACGCUGACAGAAAUUAUGGCAGCUCAGUGAAGUCUUAUUAGAAAAACGGUAGCUUGUUACCAAGUUAAUAUUUCAAAUUUUAAUUAUUUUUUAUCUUGAAAAUUUGCAAAAGAAUUUUCAGUUUCAGAACGUUAAACUCUACCAUUAAAUUAAAUCUGAUUUAGUUCCUUGAGAACCUCCCUCAGCCAACCCUUUGCACCCAGAUAAAUCUAAUGAGGUCAUGCUCCAUGUUCUGUCAUUUGUGGAAGGGUCUCUUCUUUGACAUCUCCAUUAGAAUGUCCUUCCCUGAGAGACAAUGUUAACCUUUUGAAAGCAACCUAGGAUCUUUUUGUCCCAACAGGCAUUUGUGGACCUGGGGAGUAUGUGGGUAGUUCUUGCUUCUGUUUGGGGGAUUUUGAGAGAUUUAAAAAAAUGUAUCAUAUCAUUUCCAUGUGCAUUUCUUUAUUUUUAAAUGAGCCAAAGUGCUGAAGAACAGAGUGGAAAUAUAGCAACUGCCAAAUUACCAAGCCAAAUUCUUUUGACAUAAUGGAAAGCCCCUUGCAUGCUUCAAAGUAACAACAUUUUAUAAAAAUUAUCAUUUCAUAACAUUUUCCAUUGGAAAGCCUACAGACUGGCAGCCACCAGAGUCACAUCUAUAACCAUGGUGUUAUAUUCUCUUGAUUUUCUGUCUUAUAGGAAUGGGUGGGGAGAAGGGCGUCCGUUGGAAAUUGUAUGCUUUCUUAAAAAUCCAUAAGAUAUAUUUUUUAAAGGAACACUUUAUGAAAACGUAUAAUGGAAAUAAAAGAGAGGGAUCAGAUAGUUCAGGGCCUGGGAAGUGCUAUGUUCAGAAGUCUGAAUGGUGAAGAAAUACUUCUAGUGUACUGGUCUAUACCUGAAUAAUGUAACUGAGCUUGAGGGUGGUAGGUCUCAUGGAGAAGAAUACUGUUGCAAAUGCUUUAGUUCCACAACACAGUAAUUUUGGAAGCACACACACACACACACACACACACACACACAGCCCUUCCCAUUUUGUAAGUGUGUGCAUGGAUGCAUACAGGAAUAAAAAGUUUCAAUAAGCUAUUGGUGUCGGAGAGAACAAAAGGGUAAUUAAAACCAGCUUCCAGUGACAAGGUUCAAAAUACACACAAACACGCCAAAAUUCAAUCAACAAAUCCAUACCAUAUUGUCAAUAUGGUAACAGUGUGAAUGAACCUAUGAAAUUUAAAAUGUUAUAAUUAUUAUUUUUUACUAAUAGUAAUUUAAUUGUGUUAAAAUUAUUUGAUUUCAUUCCCGUUUUAUAAAAUAACUUUACACUUAGUGGGCUGCCUAUAUUUAACUUCUGAACACUUCUGAUCCUUGCUUAUAAAAAAAGUCAAAGAUGUCAUCCUGUGCCCACUAACCUUGAGAGUAAACCCAUUAAACACAAAAGUGACUUACUUCUAGGUAGGCAUUUAUACUAUUGCACUAUAAGUUAACCAUACAAUGAAUUCUUAAUGAAUGCCUGGAUUUCAGCUCCUACACAGCAAGCAACGUGCUUAAGCAUCUUUGCAUUUGCUAUUCAGCAGGGGCAGGGGGGGUACUUUAACAUCCACCCACACUUAUUGUGUUAUAUGUAGUGUUUGCAUAAAAUAGCUUCUAAUGAGUGCCUGAUCUCAGAUGAACCCAUCAUAGGAAAUAUGAGUCCUGGUUGCUAGAAAGUAAAGGACAAACUACAGAGAUUUCAAGGAUUAGAAAUGAGACAGAAACAGGAAAUAAAUGUGAACUAAAGAGAGAAAAGCAGCAACUAUUCAGGAUUCUGGGGAUUCCUAAAUCCUGAUGUCCAAAAAAAGCACGCAUGAGUCAUAGGGUCAACUUCACUCAUUAGCUGAAUUCACUGAAAGCAAGAGCAAUAAUUUUGGCUCAUCUCACAGAAAUCACUUAGAAGGUUCCCUACACAUUUUGCUUUCUUACAUUCUAGGAAGGUUAGAGACUUACUUUAAAGAAAAUGAAAGCUCAGAGUCUGGCUCCCCUGGUAGUAUGAGCCAAUUGCACAAUUCUAAUCUGGUCAUGGUUGAUGUCCUGAGCUUCCUGAUCAGGGCUUGUUCUCUUUUGUUUAUCUAGACUUUCAGGAUACCGAUUUAGUAGUUGAUAAAUCCAGAAUUCUAAUAUUUCUUAUUGUUUUGAUUAAAUGCAUAAGCAAGUAAAAGAUAUUUGAAAAGAAACCAAUUUAUUGUUUUCAGGUUAUUCUUCAUAUUUAUCCUAUAUGAGCUCUGUAAAUGGCUUUAAUCUCUUAAGAAGCCCCACAGGGGGCCACUGGUCUGGAACUGGAGUAGGGUAGCUGAGUUUUGAAAGCAAACUUAGAAAGCUUGCUUAAAAGUGUAAUUUAGAUGGUAGAUAGCCCAAGGUCUAAUUGACCUUGGCAGCAUUACAGAAAUAACUUGGUGUAAACAUUAACGGUCCUUGAACAAUUUUUUCCAAUCUAUUAGACACCACAGAGUUUUUCACUGUGAUGUUAUCUUAUUAUUCUGUCUCUGCAUUUUAUUUAUUUUUUUCCAAUGACUGUGUUAACUUUUGAGGAACGGUUUUUAUCUCCAGAUUAUAUUUCCCUUAUAUCCAGUUUUUAAAUGUUAAGCAUACACUGCAGUUAAAAAUUGUUUGGUCUUUGCAUCAUGCAACUACAAUUUAACUUUCCUUAUAUGAAGUUACUGUAGCUCUCAUUUUCAUUAGUAAUCUUCUCCCCUUGGAAAUUGAUGUUCAUUUGGGAUGUAGUGUUGCGGGUUGUUCAGUGAGUCCUAAGCCUUGUUGCUGUCAUUAAGCAUCUGUCAGUAGCCACAAGAUCAUCACCUUCACUUUAAUUGUGAGGUCACUUAAUGUUGGCAGUUAAAGCGGUUACCCAUGAUUCAUGGUGGCAUAUGUGUCUAUUAAGUUUAUGGUUUAUCUAAUACAGUGAGUUCACAGUGAUUUCACUGAAUAUCAGAAAGAAACCCUUCAAUCUGGAAGUACUAUGUAGAAUUUUAUUUUCUGGAAAUGGAUCAGGAUCAAAAAAUGCAAGGGAGGGAGUAAGAGCAGAGGGGCUAUUUUUGAACAUUGAAUGAUAUCAUCUGAUUAAAAAAAAUAUUUUAUCUGAUUAAAAUAUUUUUUGAUGGAAACUUUAAAAAAAGUUGGCCUUGUUUCUUGGAGGAUAUAUUUCCUUUUCAGGAUCCUGAAUACAGAUGAUACAGCCUAGUCUAGGUUUAUGGUGUUGUUGGUAAAGCACUCAGAUCUGAAGAGCUGUUGUAUUGUCACUCAGGUACAUGUUAGUUGCUGAUUUUCUCUUUUCUGGCUGUAACUCUGGCUGUCCCAUCAAAUGCCUGCAGGAGCAACUUUUUGUAAUAUGUGAUGGACUUUAGUCAAAGGGAGGUAUGGGACAAGCUUUGGGGAGGUGAAUAUGUGUCUACAUGGCCCCUUUGAUUUCCUGACCUCCUGCUAAUUAAUAUACAUCAAGGACAAUAUGAGAGAGAGUGAAUCACAAAUCAGCUUUGACAGAUUAAUGGUUCUGGACCUUUUGUUCCCAAAAUGUAGAAUGAAAAAACCAUGACUUACCUUUAAUUUGUUUUUUGGGAGUCUAAACAAGAAAUAAAUUAACAGCACAAACUUAUACAGGUUUACUCAGUUGUCCAGUUUGUGCAAGGACUUUUGUUGGUGCAGUGGAACUUCCCCUCCCUCUUUUCCCUCUGUGCAGCCCCCAAAUCUGUUCUAGCAGUUCCUCCAUCCCUCUGGACCAGAUUUGGGUGCAUGCAGGAGGAGAGGCGAGGGAGCAGAAGUUCCAACAUGUAAAUCUAUGUGUGAACAGGGUGACUUCAUUUUGUCAAUCAAACCAACCCUAAGGCCCACCGAGUUCAUUGAGUUAAGUGGGUAUAUAAUUUUAGCAUGUGCAUUUAAAAUAAUAGGUAAAUAAUAACUGACUCCUUCUUGUUAACUGUCUUAAUAUUGUCUCAUUCAAAAGAGUUUUCAGAUGGUUUUAUCUAGUUUUUUCUGACUAGAAAGCAUUCACAGGUUUGUUUUUUUAAAAUGUAAUUCCCUCUUUCCCCAAGGCUUAUGCAUAGUUGGGGUUGCCACCAGAGUUCUGUGAGGAUAUAUGAUUUGAGAAUGUUACAGUUUCAGUUGUAAUUUGAAACUGGUAUGGACUUGUCCAUUUCAUGGGCUAUUUUCCAAAUAUUCUUACAGAAAAUAUAACUUACAGUGAUGGCUAGAACUUCCAGAAUGGUAGUGUUACUCUUACACAGAAAAACAAAAUUUUGUGGCAUCUUAAAAAACCUGCAACCUUUAUGGCAUAAAAGUUGGCAUAAAAUGCAACAGGAGCUGGCUUCUAGUCCACAAAAGCUUAUGCCAUGAUAAAUGUGUUGUUUUUAAGGUGCCUCCAGAUUCCUGGUUGAUUGUGCUGCAUAUACACAUCUUAGUAGCUUUUUGUUGGUUCAUUUUAAUAGCAUUGAGUUGUCUCCAACAAACGUGUUCUGUUAGUGCAAAGACUUCCCCUUGUGCAGCAGAACUUUCCCUUGCUCUCCUCUCCCGCUGUGAUCCACCCACCUCCCCCAAAACAGAUCUGAGAGGGAAGAGAGCAAGGGAAUUUCUGAUGCACAAAUGGAAGUCUUUAGUUUCUCUUCAGAUUGCAGACAUAUUCCACCCUUAAAAAAACCAAGUAUAUAGGGCCCACAUACUUUAUCUUUUAUGCAAUUAAAUUUGGGAAUAAUUUUUCUGUUAGUCUCUAAAAUUAUUCUAAUGCAUAAGAACCUUCAGAAAACUUUUGAAGCAGCCUCCUACGGAAGCUUCAUAUAUACUUUAUUGUAGAUCUGUCUCUACGACCAUAAUGGCUGAACUGCAACAUUUUUCAAUGCUAAAUGUCCCUGUGAAUCUCUGCAUUGUUGGCACAAGAAGAAGUAGAUUGUUUUAAGAUUGCUUACUGUAGCUUGCUUAUUCCAGCUACUACUGGUAGUAGCAAGCCAGUAAUAUCUGAUAUAAUGUUGAAGAACGUGCUGCUAGCAGGCUGCCCGACUGUUAGUGGGAUUAAUAACUUCAUAAUAGAGCAAUUCAUACUUGAUUCUCAUCCAGUUGAACACUUGCUUAACCUGGCUUAUCAUUCAUCUCUUAACUUGGAACGUACAGCUGAUGAGAAUCAGUCAGCAGCCACCUUUUCGUUAUGUAGGUCCCUUUGCUCUGUGCAGAAUAGUAUUUUGAAACAAGCAAAGCUUGAGAAACAUUGGCAAGGGUUGUAUAAUAGCCCUAGGUUAAAAUGACCAAGAGAGGUUUUCACUAUAUACUUACUGGGCACAUUGACCUCUUAGAAGCUUCUAAAGAAGAGUCAGCCCUGCUGGCCACCAAAGACUAAAUAGCAGAGCCAUUGAUUAUAUAGGGUUGUCCACCCGUGUGGACAGGAAACAGCAUAUUGAGGGGACGGGGGACUACAGGCUGUUCUAGGUAUGAUGCUCUAAUGUAGGCAUGAUGGACCACAGGUUGACUCAAAAUAGUUUCUGUGUUUUAGUGUGAUUGAUUAAACCAGCUUGGCAUUGGAGCUACUCAACUUUAUGGCCAAAUGGGAUAAUGUAAUACAUGUUCAUUGAAUUGUAUUGCAGUCUCUUUCCUCUAGUAACAGGAUUGUAGCAGAGAUAUUUUCUGUGUAUCCAUGUGAGAUACUGCUUUGGACAUUUGCAGUGUUUGCCUAGAGAUCCAGAGCUUAGAUACUUUGCUAUUCUUCAAGAUACCAAUCUUACCACUAGGUUUGAAAUAGGCAUGGAAAGUGCCGGGGCAAGUGAUGCACAUUAAGGUAAAAUAUCCUAAUUUCACAUAGAUUCUAAGGAGGUCUGAAAAGGCAAUGAACACCAGAACAUCACUGGGGCAUGUGAUGUGCUGCUGCGGUUUUGGAAAUGCCUGUCAUGGCCAGGCAAUUCACCACAAUAGGGGAUCUUUUGCAAAAAAUCCUCCAAAGCUAUAAAUAACACACACACACACACUCUGUAGGAAAUUGCUAUAAAGACUUAUUUAGCGAGCUGUGAUAAAAUGUAGUUCUAGUGCUAUUAUUAUUAUUAUUCCCAACUAUGACUACAUUUUGUGGCUGCUAUUCAACUAAGUUUUACAUCAAAUAGACGCAUUGAAAUGAAUGGACAUGACUAAGGUAGACCCAUUAAUUUUAAUAGGUAUACUUUGAGUAAAAGGUAUUGGAAUAGCAUGCUGAGUUCUUAUCCAUCUAUCCAUCCUUCAGGGAGGUCUGAUGUUUUAUUGCUUUUUUAUAAUAUCAUUAAUUCUGUUGGAAGCCGCCCAGAGUGGCUGGGGAAACCCAGUCAGAUGGGCGUGGCAUAAAUAUUUAUUAUUAUUAUUAUUAUUAUUACUAUUACUAUUACUAUUAUUAGUUGUAUUCACCAGAAGGUCCCAGUGUAGAUUUCUGUAUACAAAAAUGAAAACAGUACCAACCCAUAACACAAUCUGUGUUUUCAAAUGCAAACUGGAAAUAAUGCAUGUUGGAUCAUCUGGGCAGUACAGGGAACUAACAACUUACAUGUGUUUAAAUUGUGUACAUUUAGCUUUAUGCGCUUGCCCAAAAUAAAAAUAAAAAAAUGGAAAGGGGGGCAGGUGCCUGAGAGAAAAAAGGCAGUCCCACUCACUAUUGAAACCAAUGUGUUUUGAUUGUAUAUGAUUCCUCUCUCUCUUUUUAAAAAAAUCUCGGAUGGUACUGUAAGAGAUGAUUAUCCUUUUUCAUAGAAACUUCCAUUCAGAACUGCCAGUGCCACCAGCAGAAUUUUUUUUAAAAAUCCAUUGAGUUUUAAGUAUAGGCUAGGAUCUUAUUUGCUUUUCAGGGUUGAUUCCUGAAAAUAAAGAAACAGGAGUAAGGAAGCAUUUUGAGCACAACUGUCUUAGUAGUACUUGGGGUUUGUGUUAAUGCAAUAUUUCUCUCUUUACAUUUUCAAGUUGGGGUACUCGGUGGAUUUGCCCUUUCAAUAGUCUUAAUCAUAUCAUACAGGCUGCAAUUAAAGCAUAUUAAUUAGUCCUGGUAAAUUAUUUCACUUAUUUCUGACAGAACUUAAUUUAAGGGCAUGGAGCCAAUGUGCAAGUCUAAAAUCACACCAGGAGAAGGCUCAUUGGACUACAGCUAACUUGUUAGAAGCAACAAUUUUUCAGCUGGAGUGUCCCAUUACUGCUCUACUAAUCAUUAUCCUCCAACACCGUAUCUAUUUGUAGGAAUUAAAAUAUUGAUCGAACCCUGCAAGAUUCUUGUAAUUCCAGUGAAAGAUUCAAAUGCAGCAGAAUUUUGUACAGAUCUUCUGCUCAAAAGUUUUUAGGGAAUCCUUGCUAAACUUACUUGAAUAGAUUUUUGCUAGAAAAGCUUGUGAUUGAGUGCUCUGUAUGCUUGCCUUUUGCUUUCACCUAGACUCCAGGGCCAUUACUUUCUGUAACCAUUUCAGUGAGCUGCCAUAGUUUUCAGUCUGUACUGUCACCUGAUCCAAGCAUGCGCCAAAAUACCCACCGUUUCUGGCUCCUGUCUGCUGAAUCUGCUUUGCAAACCCUUAGUUUUUUAAGCUUUUGCUUUAGCCGGAACAAACAGGCGGCACCCUUCUGGAGUGUGCUGGACCCAUGCCAUCCUGCUCCCCCCCAACUCCUCUAUUGUUUAUGUAAAUCCUUAGCUUUACGUAAAUGUGUAAAUGCUCUGAUGGCAUCCCCAUGUGAAAUUGUGUGGCUCGUGUAAAAAAAAAAAAAUGUCAGAAAAAAUAGAAUGCUCCACAUUGCACUGCAUUCCAGUGUUUUGUAUGAACUAUUCUUGCCAUGUUGUGGUGUAUUGAUUUUUAUUUAUUUAUUAAAGUCAUUUUUAUCUUUUUACAUGCAAGGUAAGUUUGCAUAUAUUGUGUGUGAAUAUGCAUUGCAUUUUGUAUAUAUACAAAGUUCUUUGGUUAAUUUUAAUAGAGGGGGAACUAAAAUCCAUUAAAACCUAUGAUGUUGCGGAAGAGAAAUUCAUUUCUUUUUUACCUUUUUAAUUAAAUUAUGUAUGAGAGGAGAAACUUUGUUUUAAAACUUUGUAGUUUGGCAUGUGGUUUUUCUGGACGCAGUGGAGCUGGUCCUGCUCCCAUACACUACCUGUUAAGUGAUCCUCGUAGUUCUUCUCUGCUAAAAGCUAGUUAGCUUUUGGGGGGGGGGAUAUUGGUUUGGCCAUUUGUUAUUGGAUUCCACGUGGCGGUAUACCACAUGGCGUUUAACCGUGAUCUCACAAUGUUCUUUGCAUUUUUAGGUCUGGUUUUUAGCCAUUGAGUGGUUUUAACUCAGUGACCUUUCAGUAGCUGGUGCUAGUCAAACAUUUACAGUGAACAAGCGUUCACUAUUGUGAAGAUACUACAAUCAAAUAACACAUGAAUGGAGCUCAUCAGGAUUUAGUAAUGUAAAGGUAGCAGGAAUAGGAGAUAACUUGUUUUUAAACUCUGUGAGCUACAGAAUCCCACUUGUUAGCAGAAAGAAACAGGAUGAGUCUAGGGAUCUAGUCUAGGGAUCCUUCGACAGUGUUUCUGCCUCUUUCUUUUGAGCAUUUCUUUUUUUUACCACUCUGACCUUUUUUAACCAUGUUUGCAAUUUUCAUAUAUUUGCUUGUGUUUUGAUUUUUUUUUGCUUGCCUUGUUAUCUUCCCCACCCUCCCUCUCUCUUGUCUCAUCUUCUCUGACCUGCUUUUCUGAACUUUCAUUCAAACUUACUUAUUUAGAAGGUUAAGCAAUACUAUCAGUAACUACAUAUGUUAUAUAUGUUGAGACACGGUUCCAACACAAAAGAGUGAUGACACUUAGAUUUUUAGAGUAAUUAUCUUAAUGUUUUCUUACCAUGGAUCAUUGUAUAACUUAGGAAACGCUGUUUUUUCCCUUUCCCUUCUUUUAAAUACCUUGUUUUUAGAAAGAUAUUUUCUCAGUUUCAAGGCAUGCUUAAGGAACUAUGAAAUCUCAGUUUUAUUACCAAAAAGCAGUUUCUCAUGCUACUUUCUAAGAGUGCUUUUGGGAUUACCACAAGUUUCAAAAAUGCCUAGUCAAGCAGUGCAGGGGGCUGCCAUUGGCAAGAGAAAAGCAUUGAAAAAGCUCCAAGGAGUUUGCUUCCCACUCCUCUGGACUGUUGCCUGGGUUCUCCACAUACAGAAUUUGAAGCUUGCAGUGUAAGGUUUAGAUGAACAUUUUCCCCAUCAGACUCCAUACGUGCCUAGAAAGGUAUUUGAGUGAGCUAUUCACUUUCCAUUGUAGGAGUCUGGCCUGGUUUAGUUUUUGUCCUAAAAAGACCCCAUCUACUUGAAUAACUGAUCCUCAGGCUCUGAUGUCUGGAUAGAGUCUUAAGUCUGCCCUUGACUGGAGAAUAGGAAAGAAAUGGAAACAGCCAAAGAAGUGGAUGCACCUUGUAAAUCUGUUUGCCUGCCUGUGAUCCACUAUGGCUGAAACUAAUAGAAAGUAAUAGAAUGCUAGGUUUAAUAGAAAUUAUUAGAAUGCUCCAAAUUUCAUUCUGGGAGAUAAAAACAGGAGUUACAGAUAUAUGAUUACUUCUACACUUUUUAGUAGCUGAUGGACUGAUCUCACUAUGCUGGCAAAUGCAUUUUUGCUUUUACCAACACAGUACCACAGAAUGCCAGUGAUGUAACACCAGUAUUGUUGGAGAUAUUAACUAUAGGCAUGUACACCAGCAUGGGUGUUUAAGAUGCAGAUUAAAUAGUUUAAAGAGUCAUAUCUUUAAACGGUGGACAACUAUUUCUUCUGAAGCAUCUAGCUUUUGGUUCCCACCUGGUCCUGGCUUCUUCUCAGUGUGGUAAGGGUUAAGCAGGUUGUUGUCUGGACCCAGGGAUGGCCUUAACAUUAGACAGAAUGAGGCAGCCAUCUUACGAAGUAGAUGCUGAUGAGCAGCAAUGAGGUGCUAGAGGACACAGCUAUGAGUUCCAUGCUUCCUAAGCCAGCCGACUUCCCUCAGGUGUAAUGGAGAAUGCUAUUUUGCCUCCAGUGUUAAAGUAAUAUCCAGCUUCCAUUCUGGUCAGCUUCUGUACAUGGAGUGUAUGGAGUACCAUCUUGUCAUUUGCCUCAGGCAGCAAAAUGUCUUGGGUCAGCCCUGUCGGGAAGUAAACUACAGUCGUAGCUUGGAUCCCAAAUGCCUUGCAAGUCAAACGUUUUGGCUCUUGAACGCUGCAAACCCGGAAGUGAGUGUUCUGGUUUGCAAACGUUCUUUGGAACCCGAACAUCCAACGCGGCUUCUGAUUGGCUGCAGGAGCUUUCUGCAGCCAAUCAAAAGCCGUGCCUUGGUUUCCAAACGUUUUGGAAGUCAAAUGGACUUCCGGAACGGAUUCCAUUCGACUUCCAAGGUACAACUGUAUCUUGAUUCAUUACUGGAUAUCCUUAUGCUCUUUAGAAGGCAUGCCCAUUUGAGUAUUGACAAGCUUUAUUCUCAAACUUUUACACUAUGAACAAGGUCUACCUGUUUUAUCAAAAUGAUUCAUUAGCGCCUUAGAUAGUUAGGCUUUUUGAGAAGGCCUACAUGUUUCAUGAGAACUGGUGAACCCUCCAAGUGUUCCUGCACUACAAUUCUUAUUCUCCAUGACCAUCAGUGGUGGUUGAGGGGCUGCGGGGAGCUGGAGUUCAGAAACACCUCGGGGGCUGAAGGUCUUACAUGGUUAGCUGCUAGCCUUCCAUUUUGUGGGAGGCCUUGAGCCAAGCCCCACCACCGUCACCCAAGAGUUCCCUCGAGCUGCCAGUUUUUCAGCCCUAAUUUAUAGCAGUAUGCUUUGUAUUUUUAGUUUAGUCACUGCAUGCUUUUUUAAAAAGGCAGGGACAGCCACACUUAGAAUAAAUAUGGCUGUAUGAUGAUAUGGUUGUCAUUAUGGAGUCAGUGAAACUCAUAAAUGCAUUCAUUUUAUUUCUCUUUAUGGUGACCUCUUCUGAAAUUGUGUUAUGGAAAGGGAGUCCCCAAAGCCCUCUCUCCUUUAUAAGUAAGCUUUCACAGUACAUAGUAAGUCAUUUUUGUUUGUUUUUUUUGUUUAUUUGCUUGUGUGUGUGCUUGCUGCUGAAUGCAUUUCUUUCUUCUUAAUUAGCAAGUCCUGCUCUUAAACACAUUUUUCUUGAGAAUUAAAAUUGCUUUUGGAUUUUUGGUUGUGUUGGGCUCCAUAAUAACCUCCACAAAUAUUUCUGCUGGUGCAUGUGUAAGCCAUUUGAAAAAUAAAUGAAUUAAAGAUUCUUGCUCUGAACACCCUGCUUGUGAGUAAGUUCUGUUUGCAAUCAUUGGAACCCACUUCCAAGUAAAUCUGUUUUAAGACCAGGGUGCAAAAACAAGGUUUACCUUCAGUGCAUCCUCACAAACGUGACAUUUAUGGUUACAGUGUUAACAAAAUUGUUCUUUAAAAUGAAUGUUAUACCUUGAGUUUUUGAUUCAUUUAAUAAAUGCCAUUUUAUUUACUAGCAUAAGACAACACCUUUCCCUUUUUGGUUGCAAUAGGCUGUGUGUCUCAUUUGAUUAUUUUUUGGUUGUCAUAUCAGUAUGAAAACACAGACUGGUAGCGAAAGAAUGGCUUAACUGUAAACUAUGCCAUAUUCCACAUUGCUUUUGAAAUAGUUUAAACCUCUUUCAAUAGAAAAAAAAAGUUGUAUCAGUUUGCUAUCAUGGUUAGAUAUGCUCCAGGAAAGUUAUUAAAAGAAAAUACCUGGUGGAAAUUAUUAAGCAUGAGACCAUUUGCAAGUAAAACAAAACAAAAUAAAAUUCAUGCCUUUUUGAGACCUCUUUCCCAAUAAAACACUAUAAUUGCCCAUAAAUCAUUGGGGUUAGCAAGACUUCACUAUGUAAAGUGUGAAAACUGAUUCCACCGUUUAAACUUAAAAAGUGCCAUUAACACACAUAUACUUAUGCAAAUAUUAUACUUACAUUAUAACGGUGCAGUGAUAAUGAGUGGUGAACUCCUGGUAACAACAAAUAAUUGUUUUAUGUUGUUUUUCAUGUAUACUGCUUAGGUUUUUAAAAUAAUAAUAAUAAUAAUAAUAAUAGGUUUAUAAUUUCUUCUAAAUUAAUAAUGGGGCAAUCCUAACCAUGUCUGCUCAGAAGUAAGUUCUGUUGAAUUCAAUAGGUCUUACUCCCAGGUAAGUGAGGCUAGUAUUGCAGACUUUGUAACCAUAGUGCAUGAUAACUGAGCAGCCUGAGCAGAAAGCACCACUUUUCACAACUCGUAAGAGUAGGCCAGACAAAUUAUUUACCAGUUCUGAGACUGCCAUCUAGAUGCCCCAAGCAAGCUAGCUACAUAUCUAGACUUAGAGCAGAGGUUGAUGAACUUUAGAAUUAGAUCAGCCACAAGGGGAUUUUUCAGGAUACUCACACUACAGUGGGUUGUUCAGUUUCCAGACAUAAGCAGUGAGUGUCCACCAUAUAUUUAAGCACCAUCAGCCACAGUUAAAUCAUGCAUGUGGAACUGUAUAUGAAAACAAUCUGGUCACAGGCAUCUAUGCCUCCUUUAAUUUAAUACAAUACAGAAUGGUCUCAAGCUUAAAAUUCCGAUCUGAGAGUACUACAUAGUUAGCCUAUGACUGAAAUGUGUCAAAUCUUCUUGAAAGCCAAAAUAUGUUGCUGUUGACACUUCAGGAUUUGUGGGCAAGGAACUUGGGGAGAAUUUCUGGUUUGUUUGUUUUUUCAGUGAGCCACCCAGAGUCAGGUUUUUCGCACCAAUCCCCUGGCUGUUUAUUGUUAUAUUUCAUCCAUAAUCCUGUAAAUCCUGUGUUGCUUGUUUCUUGACUACUGUCUGACUACUGCUCUCCAGUCCCCGCUUAUAUAUACAUAUCUGUAUCAUAAGCAUGAUGUUUUGGAACUGCAACACAGCCAGAGUUUUAUGCCAUACUUUGUGAAUUUGGAUGGCAUAUACUGCCUCAUUGGACAUCUUUCUUUGCAUGGCACUAAUUUUUCACCAGUUAUUACAUUAUCAUAUGUAAUAAUGAAAUAUUGUGUGUGAGUGUUAUUAAACGUAUCCCGUAGGCCACACACAAGGGUAAGCUUGUCGCUCACACCUGUAGUUCAGCGCUGAAACUUGUCCUCAGUUUGAGAACGUCAUUCUUUCUUUUGAAGGAGGCCAGUGACAUUGUGCCCUAGAAAUCCUCAGAAACACAUUUUGCAGAGAUGGUUCUAUGUAUCUAGAGAUAAAUGGGCAUCUAAAGGUCCUGAACUGUCUUGCCACCUACAGAAGUGAGGGUACUGGUUGCUUGCAGUUGGGGUCUCAGUGACCCCAAAAACCAGGUUAUUUAGUUUUGCGCAAAAAUAGCUAUGAUACAAAAAUGGUUUUGCUUUUUCACAAGAAAAGUUCUAAUUGAGGGGUGGGGUUAAACCAUUCAGGGUUAUAAAGUGGCUUAGUAAACCUGUGGGGGUACUAUUGACCCUUGAUCCCAUCUGUGAUGUUGGUAGAAGUUGAGUUACUGAUUAGUCUGUUACGAAAAUAGACAGAACAUUUCAUCCUCUAUGCUCCUUUCUGGUGGACAGAAGAAUUUCUGGGCUAAGCAUCUGCAGUUAUGGCCAACAACUAAAAUUAUAAGCAGCCUUGUGCAGGAUCAUUUUGACCCCUGGCGCUGUGUGCAUGUACCCUCUCCCCUUGGCUAUUCCAGAUGGGGUAGAACUGACCUCAAAAGCUGCAAGGGUCAAAACACUGAUUUCCCCUCUCCCACUGUUAAGAAAGGAAGGCCUAAACAUGGCAAUUUACACAUUGUCAUAGUUAAGGACCAGAAGUGAGGUCCUUAUUUUGCCCUAAUAGGCAAGAGGGUGGCUAUUGGCUAUGACCAGAGGCUGAGGGAGAAGGACUACCUGGAAUAUGGAGUUGUAGAAGACUGACACAAAAGUUUUAUGAUUUUUGCUCUCAGGGUGUAUUCGAAAAACAAAACACCAUUGAUGGAGAAUUAUAUAUAGCAAUGGGGGCUUCUAUACACGAACAACAAGCGUUAAGCUCCACAUUUCUUGGUAUCCUGACUAGGGAGAUUUGAAAGCCCAGAGAGGGAGGAAACCACAAUGAGUGUGAUCUCUUUAACAUGGAGAUUUGGUGACUACGGAUGUCCUUACAGUGGGAUUUGAGGUAGAUCCUGGUUGCAGAGGCUACUGCUCUAUUUUAGUCAAGAAAUAAAUACGCACAUAUAAGGUUAGAUAGGAGAGGAGUAUAGCUCAUAGCCACAAUGUUCCCCUGUGCAGGCAAUGUUGGACAAAGUAAAUCCAUAAAAUCUUGUGUUUUUCUAAGAAUUAAAGAAGUCAAGUGAAUCAACAAGGUUUCAGUUCAUGAAAUCAGCACUACAAAGGAAUAAGCAAGGUUACCUAAUCAGUGUAGAGAUAGGCUGAUAGGAAGCAAAAACAAAGUUGUCAGGCGCUUGUGACAGCUUGAAAGCUAAAUUAUUCUUGAUCUUUAGCCACAAAGUUUUACAUGCUUGUGUUAGUGCAGAACAGUGACUGAUUUUUGCUUUAUCUUUCAGAUGACCCAGAGACACGAGAUGCAUGGUGGGCCGAAAUACGACAAGAAAUAAAAUCCCAUGCAAAGGCACUGGGGUGUCAUGCUGUAGUGGGCUACAGUGAAUCUACUAGCAUUUGGUAAAUCACUUAUAUUUUUGUAAUGCUUUCGAAAUGAGUCCUGAAUCAUACAAGCAGCAUGUGUGGAAGGAGAAGAAAUUACUGCAGGAAGCAGUGUUUGGCAAAGCUGAGAUAGGCAGUGAGAAUGCUUCAGACAAUGGUGCAGAAAACAGGCAGAGAGGCAGGGACAUCCUUUCUGGUGCAUGUCAAAGAUGCAUCACUGUGAUGUGUUUCAGAUGCCUAUUAAAAACCUACUUGUUCAGGCAUUUCCUGACUCUUGUUUUUUAGACUGCACUGCUUGGUAGUUUGUUUCAGUAUUCUGGUUCUGGAUUCUUUUCAGUGAUAAUGUCUUUUUGUUUUGUUAUUUUUAAUCUAAACCUUGCAGUUUUAUGUUUUUUACUUUGAAAAAUCACUUAGAUUUUUGAAACAAAUAUUAAUUGGCCUAUAAAUUAAUGGAAUAAUUGAAUAAAUAAACAUAGCAACAGCACUGUAGGAAGUUUCCAUUACUCUAGUAUUGGCUGCUGUUUCUUGUAGAUGGAGCAGAACAAUUAAUUAGAUCCUUGUAUUUACAGGAGAACAUAGUGCACCCUAGGGACGCAGGUGGCGCUGUGGUCUAAACCACUGAGCCUCUUGGGCUUGCCGAUCAGAAGGUUGGCGGUUGCUUGGUCCCAGCUCCUUUCAACCUAGCAGUUUGUAAGCACGCUAAAAAAGUUCAAGUAGAUAAAUAGGUACUGCUCCGGUGGGAAGGUAAACUGCGUUUCCGUGUGCUGCUCUGGUUUCGGUGUUCCGUUGUGCCAGAAGCGGCUUAGUCAUGCUAGCCCCAUGACCCUGAAAAACUGUCUGCAGACAAACGCCAGUUCCCUCGGUCUGUAAAGUGAGAAGAGUGCCGGAACCCAGAGUCAUCUGCAACUGGACUUAACUGCCAGGGGUUCUUUACCUUUUUUUUUUAUAGUGCACCCUUGCUUAGGCUUCACAACCUAUGGGAGGAUUUUAUGUGUUCUCUUGUCCCGAGAUCAUUCUUUGAUCAGUGCUGCUUGGAAAUAAAUGUCUUCUUUUUGAAGUAUGAUAACUGGGUUGCCAACUAUCUCUAAACUUCACAGCAGUAAAAGUUCACUCAUUCAGCGUGUUUGGGAAAAUAUGCCAGCAACAGUUCUAGUGUAUAUUGGUAGAAUAGAAGUGGGGAACCUUUUUGACCCAGUGGCUCAGAUCUUUAUCUCCCCUACGGGCCAACUUCGAUUGGGGGGGUGGGAUAGACACCUGCCAAUCAUCUGUUGAUGAGAAGAGAGUGCAGUCCUGCUGGCUGCAGAGGGCUGCCUCACCUUUCCUGAAUGCUGUAACUAUAUCCUUCACCUUGGGCUAUACAGCUCCAAAAGGGUUUGCUCUGAAUUGGUUUCAUAAUUGUUUUGACUUUUACUAAAUAGGAUGCCUAAAAAUGCAUAUAAUCAAAAAUGUGGCUUUAUCAUCUUCUUUUCUUUUCUGUAGUGAAGAGGUCUGUAUUUUGUCUGCAUCUGGCACGGCAGCUGUACUGAACCCUAGGUUUCUCCAGGAUGGCACCACGGAAGUCUGUUUGGAACAAAGGUUGUCAUGGCAGCCUGGCUACUUUUCCAUAGGGUCAGAGAAGGGAGAGGUUGAUUUUUUUCCUCAAAACCAGGAUAGUUCUUCUCUAUUAGGGUAGGUUACCAGUGUUACAGUACAGGAUGCGGAGCCAACCACUUUACUGAUUUUUCACUAACAACAACAGAAGUUGUGGAGCUCUGCACCAAAUCUCUAGCCUUAUUGUUUUCAAAUUUCUAACAGCCUCAGCAAGGUAACACAUUUGACUACUAACCACAUAAUGCAAAUCUUUUCUUCCUCUUUGCCACUCCUUCCUAUUCUGCUUCUCAUAGCACACUGCAUACAAGUGACCCCCUGUGUCGUUUCACUGCAUAAGCUUGAUGAUAAAUGUAUCAUGUGGCAAUUUGCCUCUCUUGAAAUAUUGACAAAAUUUUUUGAAUGGGCAUGGGUAAAUUUAACUCUUUAAAAAUGUCAACUAAAGUUCAUGAAACGUUAGAGGUAUUAAGCCUGAGAAAAUCGGCUAGAGUUGAUGGUAUUGAAGCACAACUCAUUCUUCAACUUGGCACCAUCUAGUGGUUUAGGACACAGGUGCUUUCCACACUAUCCACUAGGAAGCAGGCUGUAUUGAUAAAAAGUUUUGGCUUGAGGUUAGACUAGAAGGCAGCUCCCACUUUCUCCCAGAAGCCAGUAUUUCCCCUGCCUCUCUGCAGGCCUAUAAAAUACUGUAAUGUAUACCUGUCGUUACAUCAUUGCAUCUUGGUACAUUCCCCCUCCCCCUUGUUUCCUCAUCUUGCCUUGCAAAUAUUAGUGGAUUAAACUUUUACUUAAAUAAAGUACAUCUUAACCCAGUUCAUCAUUAGGGAUCAAUAGCAUUAUGUCUGCACCUAACCAUUUUCCCUCUGGGCCCUCAUAAAAUAGUGUAUAUUGUUAUCCCUCCCCCAGUAUAUAAAAGGGUAUCAAAUAAAUACAAAGAUGGUAAGCACCACGUUUUGAAUAUAAUAUGUGCAUUUCAGUGGGCUCUAUUGCAAGAGAUGUUCUUGUUGAAUUUUAUUUUAAAGCUGUUGUUUAUACAAUCCAUCCCUUCCAUUAGACAAGAUGAGUUUGUUUCAGUGCUUCUGAAGGGAAGGUGUUUUACGUCUAACUUUUGCUGCUUGGGUUGUACCCAGUUGUUUUUAUGAUGAAGCUUUGAUAUGCAAAUUGUGUUAUCAGAAUUCCAGUUUUUUUUAUGCCGAAAGCAUCAAAUUGGUCCACUUGCUCAGCUGAAAAAUCCUAUCAGUGCAAGGUACAGCAAAGAUGUGUGGUAGUUUAAAAAUAAAGAAGAGGGACAAGGUGUUAUAUGUGCAGAUAACAAUAUAAACUACCGUGUCCUGUGAUUUCAUUUGCUUAUCCCCAAAACAUAUAUCCCACCUUUCUAUGAAAUAUUCAGUGCAGAAUAUUUUGAGAUUUGCAAACAGUAGCUCUCCAUGUUCAGAUUACGCUGCAGCUGUCAGAAACACGAGACAAUACAUACGUUUAGGUGCUCCCUAUUUCCCUAAGAGGUAAGAAGUAAUGGGGUAGUAUUAUGGGUAUUCUUUGGAUCAGGAAAAGGAUGGGUGUUCUUGCCAUAAUGAGUUUUAUUUACAAAGAUACGGGCAGAGUAUAGAACAAGCAAAAUAGACUCCUAGAGGAGGCAGCACAACUGUUAAUCCUGCAUCAGACUCCCAAAGGGAACAAUUGCACCCCAAGGUGCUUUGCCUUUUGCUGACUCACUGCUCUCAUGCAUUCUAUCUCUGCUCAAAUUCAAACUGCCAGAACCUGUUGUAGAGGUGCCCAAAUUAUCUGAGUGUUAUGUUCCAAAAACAAGAGCCCUCGGGGUACAGUCAGGUUUUUUUGUUAAGACAAAGGCAAAGCCAUAGCCAUAUAUUUGCUCAUUCUAAUCAAAACAGUCCAUUUUAUUACAGCACUGUGUUGCAAUCGUCCCUCUGAUUUAUGCCACUUGGUUUUUUCAUUGUAUUGAGCUUUUUAUUCUUGUUAAGGCUGUGACUCGAUAGAAGCUUGACUUUUAAUAUUGAUAAAAUCAAGUAUUCUAUCAUUAGUUCCCAUGUAUUCCAGCCUUGCCUUGCAUAUACAAGCGCAUACCUUAAAAAGGAAGGAGGGAGGAGAACAAACUUUCAUACAGCGUCCCUGCCUGAUCUCUUGAAGGCAAUUUUGACUCACCACAGGUGACAGGUGUGUGACGGUUUACCAGCUUAAUCAGUUGCAAGAACCAUAAAAAGAGAACAAAAGUUGACCACCACAAUGUAUGGGUUCUGUUAGUGCCUGCAUGGGUCAGUUUUUUUAAAAAAACACACAGUAAAAUACAAUAUUUAUAUUUCACAAGAUGGUGUCUGAAUGGUAAUAUUAGAUGUCUCACAAUCUCAUUUUUUAGGUUAGAGGAAACAUCACCUCUGGGUUGUGGCUUUUGCCACAUACCAUACGAUGAGCUCAACAUGCCAUUCCCUGCUCACCUCACUUACUGCUGCAACUGCAGGAAGCAAAAAGUCCCUGAUGUUCUUUUCACAACAAUAGAUUUGCCUGUGGAUGCACUGGUGGUUGGGAAAGGAUGUCUCAUUCAAGCCAGGUAUCUUUCUGCCAGAUUUGCUUUGCUGUCUGUUUUGACCUCUCUGUUUGUUUUAAAGAGCAGGGUACAGUUAUCAAUGUUAGUAGUGCUGGCUCCUUUAACAGCAUCUGAAAGUUUUCUUUUACCAAGAGCAGGUCUACUCUGGAAAAGGGAAGGCAAAAAAUGAAUUUUAGUCUGGACGCUUUUUGUCAAGACAAGCAACUUGUUACUUCUGACACAUCAUUUUUUUUUUACAGCUUAAGCACAUUUUCUAGGAAGGAGGUACCAUUUAACUUGGCGAUACUCCCUUCUGGGUGGAACUUGCAUUUCCCCCUUUUUUAAUUUGCAUAUUUAGUAGAUAAUGCUGUACAUAAUUCUGUUGCUGGUAAGCUUUAAAACUCAUCUGUCAGACUGUGUUUUUUAAAUCUAGUCCUUUGUUUUGGUUCACAUCUUCUAGUUUAUCUGUUAGACCUUUGCUAGUUUCAACCCAUUUUACCUAUAGCUUGGCAUAUCACUGAUUGUGGUGGGGAGCCUCGGGAAUCAUGCUUUUAUAGAAUAGGGCAUUUUAUGGUGUUAAACUUCUUAGCCAUUGCUAAGAGACUUUUCAUGUAAGACCAGGUCUACUACUCUGGAUAGUAUUCAACUAAGUUUGCCUCAUGGUAGAUGCAUUGAAAUUAAUGGAACUAGCUUAGUCAUAUACAUUAAUUUCAGUGGGACAACUCCAACUAAAACAUAGUUGAACAUGACCCUUUGUGUUUUACUGUCUAUCCCAAUAGGUUGUGUCGGCUGAAAAAGAAAGCACAAGCCGAAGCAAAUGCAACUUCCAUCAGUAAUCUGCUGCCAUUUAUGGAAUAUGAAGUACACACUCAGCUGAUGAACAAGCUAAAACUGAAAGGAAUGAAUGCUCUUUUUGGACUGAGGAUUCAGAUCACAGUAGGAGAAACAAUGCUAAUGGGUUUGGCAGUGAGUUUUUCUGUAUUUAUUUUGGGGUUCUUUUAUUCCCUUUUCUGGAGAGCAGUUAAAAUAAAAUAAAACCCAUAUCAUGAAAAUAACACCUCUAUUUAAAUUAGAAUAUCCCCAUAGCUGCUUACUCCUGGUCACUGGAUGCCAGUACAGAGAGGAUUUUUUUUACAUUUCUUCUAGAAAUUAUAGAGGAUCAGACUUUGACUGAGAUAGUCAGGCAAAGUCUUAUUGGUAGCCAUUAUGUUCUCUAGAAAGUGGCAAUCUUCCACAACCAAGUAGGUAGGCUCUAUAAUCAAGUUGGCGCUAUUUGGCCGUUAGGCCUUCCAAAAUUAUGGAGCACAUGCAUUCAGGCAUAGUAUUCUACACAAGGACAUGCAUUGUCCUAUUUACACACAUGUUAUAAAGAAAGUAAAAAUACAUGUUAUAAACAAAGUAAAAAAGAAACAAAGUAUGGGCUAUUUACAUUUUGUGCAAGCAUACGUUUUUCUUUUCAUUGCAAUUAAAUGAGAAAAGCAUUUGCUGUGCCUUAAUUGAAACUUGGUCAAGCUACCAGUAAAGCAUACAGAAUUGACUCAGAAGGUGGGUGUAUUUGGCCUACAGGCAGCCAGCUGGCCCUCCAUGCUUUAAGAGAAGCGGGCUCCACAGUUGGUGAGCAGCCACCUGGAAUGCCUCAAUACUUUUCCAUGAUGGUAACUGCAGAAUUAAAUGGAUGGUACAAUCUAGUCUUAGUUGUGAUGCUUUUUUGAUUAUGCGCUGUUUAGUCUUUCUUCUAAACUGCCAUGGAAUUUGAUUGAAGGGCAGUAUAAAAAGUACCUAUUAUAAAUAAAUGAUGACACCAAAAAGAGAAGGUAGUAUUUAAGAGAUGUAUUUAGUUGAUUUAAAAUGUAUUUCUGGGGAUGAGGGAAGAUUAUAGGUUUGGGAAUGGCAGAUUUCAGUGGACUUAGUUUUUCAAGGCUAUAGAGAACCUGGAAAAUAGCCAUUGGCAGCUGGCAGAAUCAGCAGGUAAACCAACUGUGGCUCUCUCCAACCAGAAAUGAAGGUCAUUACUUAAAGAGUCAGUCUGCAUUUCCCAUAGGUUCCAGUCUCAUGCUCAAAACUCUGUCCCCCCCAAAAAACACCUUCCUUCCCUUUGCAGCAUCUUUCCUAUAUUUCAGCUCCUCCAUCCAUGUCAGUAUAUGUUCAAUAGCAUCAGCUGCACUCCAGAAAACUGUGUUCCUGUUGCUAAGUUCUAAUGUCUGAUACGGAAAGCAGUAUGCCUCUGAAUACCAGUUGAUGAGAAUCACAUGUAGGGAGAGAGCUGUUGUCCUCACAACCUGCUUGCAGGCCUCCCAUAGACAUCUGAUUGGCCAUUGUGAUAAGAGGACUGGACUAGAUGGGCUUUUUUGCCUGAUCCAGCAGGUCUUUUCAAGUUCUUAAAUAAUUGUUGGUAGAAACAGCCAGGAAUGGAGCAUUCUUGAGUUCUCUUCACCCAUUCUAAAGAGCAUUUGUGGGCUUGGGAGGUGUGCUCCUAAGUCCCACUAUUGCCGCACAUGCGUUCACACCCCUGCAUCAUCCUACCCAGUCUGAGGCACUGCACUUUGUUUUGAAUGCCUGAAGAAAGUGAAUGUUAGGAUGAGAGCUAUGAUCCAGCCGUUUAUCUUCUCCAUAGUUUUCUAAUGAAAACAGAGACUUUGAGAUUCAGCGUUUAGGGAUGUUCCUUGAAGGCUGCUGGCAGAAUAAAUCUCAUUGUGGUUCAGGAUGGGAUGCAUCCUGGUUAAGUUCUUAAGAUGCUUUGUCUGCAGCUUCUAUGUUAUCUGUUGUAUUUUGUAUAUAAAACACAAAGAUGAUAUAAGAGCUAGGGCACUCUAGACUCUUGCAAGAUCCAGCUUAUAGCGGUCUUUAUAAAAUUGUAAGUAUGAACAAUGAAGGCGAUAUCUGUUACAAUGUAUGAAUUUUUGUGUUGCUAAUCUUUUUAAAAAGCUGAAUGGAUUACAUGUUCUGUCAAAUGGGUUUAGUGUGGAAAGCUUCCAAAAGUUAUUCCAAUAGUAUAACAUUACUAGAAAAUUUGUGAUUGUGAGAUUCAAGUUUAAAUAGUGGACAUUUAACGAAUAGUGUGAAAUGCAUGCUUAUAAAGCAUUUAUUAAAAAAAGCAUGAAUAUAUAUUGCACUUCAUUUUUUUUUUGUCUUAUUCUUUAAAGUCUGCCACGGGUGUAUACCUGACUGCUUUACCAUCUCCUGGUGGGAUUCAAAUUGCUGGGAAGACGCCGAAUGACGCCACUUACGAACAACAUAUAUCGCACAUGCAGAAGAAGAUAAAUGAUACAAUAGCCAAAAAUAAGGAGCUUUAUGAGAUUAACCCUCCAGUAAGCAAGGUUAUGGAACCGUUCAAACAAUUCUGAGUCAUACACAGUUCAUACCUAAUCUAUAUCCUGUUAGCUAAUGCAGAAUGGAUUGUACACACGAGCAAAGAAACUUACUUAGAAGGUAGCUGUGUGCACAAGUGGGGGAGUCUGUAAUUUGGGGGGAGGGAGGUUUCUUUUUAUUAAUAUAAUGCAUAUAUACAAAGAGGUUUGCAAGAACAACUGAGCCAUUCCUCCUCGCGCCCCUUCACCCCCUGAUGUAUCUCAAGCCUAAAUUGGUGGCUUCUGUAAAGGAGGAAGGCCAAAAGACCAAAGAACCCUGCUACACAACGUAGGUCUAGGCUUGGUUUCCUCAUUUCCUGCCUUGGCUUACCCUCAGGAACCCGCAGUGUGCUCAGUUCUGUACAUAACUUUUUAAACUGCAGAGCCCCAAUGUCCCUUCAUUUCAUAGAGAAAGCCUAAGUUGUAGGUGGAUUCUUUAGACUAAGAAGAUGCUGAUGCAUUAGGUUCUCAGUUGGGUACUUCGGACAGGAACAGUUAAACAGCCAAACACUUUAUUGCUUCCUCAGCUCUUGAACUGCAGUAUUUCUGCUUUAGGGGAUGCUGCCUCUGUGCUUUUUUUUUAGACUGCAGAAAUCAUGCACCCCUUCAUCCACUGCCAAGCAAGGAAGGGAGGAAGCACCAGCAAUAGAAAGGUGCACUUUGAAGAAGUUCUGCGUUGCAUGAAUUGGGACCUGAUCCAUGCUGUUCAACACUUCUUCAGAUUGCACCUUUCAAGGUGUUGAAUUUGGCCCUGAUGAUAAGGGGCAGUGCCUGUACUUUUUGCCUUUGUUUUGGAGGAAGGGUAUAGUGGCAUGGCAUUUAAAAUAAGCGAGAUUUAAUAAAAUAAGGGAUGCAUACAUGUUUUCAUACCAUUGUUCUGCUUAGGAGGCACCUGAAGAAAUUAUAGGUUCGCCCAUUCCAGAACCAAGGCGUACUAGGGUACUAAGAUCACAGUCUGAAAGUUCUGAUGAAAUUACAGAAUUGGACCUGUCACAUGGAAAAAAAGAUGCUUUCGUCUUGGAGGUAUGUUCUGUAAAGUUUAGACUUCUACAUGCCUUCUGAAGAACUUAAAGGGUAUAAAAAUAUCAAAGUUGCUAAUUAAAGAAUAAUUUCUUGUUAAACACUAACACAUCUAUUGUGGUGCAAGCUUCUGUGAACUAGAUUCUACUUCAUGAAGUAUAAUCCUUGGGGAGGGUUGGGGUUGUCCACUGUCAUAAAGUAUAAGAUUGUUUGCCUUACACACCUGAUUUUCUAUAAUAAGAAGUUGCAGGAAUUCAAAAAUUUUUAUGGUAACAUAACAACCCUAGGAGAGGCAAUCCUAAAAUUCUUAGUGACAAACUUAUAGUUUAACUAUCCAAAUUAUCAGAUAUGCUCUAUCAGCCAAAAUAGACUAGAAAGGGGUUAGUGGCCUACAACAAAUAUUUUUUAGCUCCUGUUUGAUCAGUGAAGACCUAAAUGUAUAAGUUGUUUGUUGUUCUCAGCAUUCAUUGAGCUCUUCUGUUUUUUCAUUUCUAGAUAAGAUUGCUUUGAUAAUUAUUAACCAAAGUAUUGCUUUAUUUGUGACAUUGAAGGAAUAUAGCUGUUCAGAAUUUUGUAUUUUGGUUGGUUGGUGAAAUUGUUGCAUCUGCUUUCUGACCAAGGUCAGAGAUUCAGCUAAGGAACUUAGUAGCUAAGGGGAAAAUUGAACCUAACAGGUUUCGGGAAGUGAAAACUGAAAGAGCAGUCAUCUACUGUCUGGUGGUCCAAAAAGUUGGGAGGGGAUGCCUUUUCCUCUCUUAUUUGUAUUUUGCUUUUAUGGAUAGCUAGUCAAAACUAUUUUUAAAUAGUUUUUAAACAAAUGUUUAUUUUUAAACAAAUGUUUUUCUAGACCAUCUUUAAAAACUCUGAAUUCGUUACCUCACACAAAAAUCUUAAGUUAAAAACUAAGUUUGUUUGGGGUUUGUGUCUGUGCCUUCUUAUUCACCUCUUCCCUUACCACUCUGUCCAAUGUGGCGAUUUGACUGCACCAGUUAAGAAAAGUUGGAGAGAGAUAUGGGAAGUGUUUAGUGGAGGCAGCCAGGGGAAAAUUGUAUCCAUAUGGUGACAGUGGUAAAAUUGAAGAAGGGGCUGGUUUAGCAGAUUUGUUUGCUUGCAUCCCUUCGCUCUCACAGCCCAAUCUACAGCUUGUGCCACUACAGAUCAGGAAAUAAAUAUUUUAUAAAGUUGGCACAGCUAUUCUUUAUGAAAUAAAUACAUCUUUUUUUAAAAAAAUAUGGACAGUUGUUUUAUAAUCAUGAGCAUCUAAAAAUAGUCCCAAAUUGUCUUGAAGAGCGAAAAUACCAGUUGAAAUGAUUUUAGCUGUGUUCAUAAACACACUUUCUCUUGAGCAUGUUACAUUUAAAUUCCAGCUCAAUUUGUCCAGGGGCAAACCUAGUCCUGAUGGUGAUUUUAAGCCUAACUGAAGUUACCAAACAUGUUUUUAGGAGCAAAAAAGCCUUGGCUAUAUGUAUAUGUAUAUGUAUAUGUCAUACAGUAUAUACUGUAUUAAUCUUGAUAAAUCCAAUUUCAGAGUGCAACAUAAUUUAUAUACUGUCUUUUUUCAGAUUGAUGAUACAGAUGCAAUGGAAGAUGUUCACUCUUUAUUAACAGAUGUCCCUCCACCUUCAGGUAUGGUAAACAUUGGUUUCUAAUUUUGUUGACUUUAGACAGUUCUCUCCAACAAUAAACUGCCGAUUCUCUUCAUUUGAUGAAGAACCAUGUAAUCAGGUAUAUUGGACAUGUUCCAUCCAAAGGUGGGUGGGGAACCUUUACUUUUGGAUUGAACUGUUACUUGCAUAAAGUGAACUGAAACUGUGUGAGACAUUUAAUGCUAUAUAUCUGAAUCACUUUUGUUAGCCUGGACUUUAGAUCAAUAAUAUAAUACCCUCUGAAGAGGAUAUUAUCUCAGUAAGAUUUACAGUGAAUUUAUAAUGUAGGUCAGAAUUAUUACCCCCCCCCCCCAUAUUAGAGAAGUUUCUGAGGUUGAGAGAUGAUGGCUGCAUUCAUAUAUAUACUGUCAACCCACAGACAGAAAACCAGAUUCCAUUCCGGUGCUUCUCCAUCCUGCUUUGGCGUCUCCUAACGCAGAAUGCUAGUUUGAUGCUCUGAAUUAAUACUUCAAUAUUGGUUUUAAGCCUGUUUUCCUCAUCUAACUCCACAGGAUUGAUAACCUUGGAUACUUGUUAAAUAUUUGUCUAAAACAGGGUGGAUUCAUUUACAGUAUCUCUCUAAUGCUAUCUCUUCUGGCACUGGCUGAGAUAAAGGCUGAAAGACCAAACUUGCACAAUCCUCAAAGAAGUGCUUGAGUCCUGCCCGACUCUAUGAUUGUGUUUUCGACUAAGUUGUUGAAGGAUUGGUCGGUGCUGCAAUACAAUCUACCAAUAAGCUGUGUGCAUUUCAGUAGCCGUUGUGUAGGUUUGUUCCUUCAAUAUCGGGUUGCUUAUAAUGGCUGUGCCCUGAUGAGCUUCACAUGUCCACAGAGUCAGAUUAGAACAAAUUGAGGGUUGACUCUUUUCUGACAUGCUUUGCAGCGUGACCCUGAAGGUCUGUUCUCCAAAUGCUACUAAUGUGACCAAUCUUUUCUUUAUGUGAUUGGUCCCUGAAUUAGCUCGCUUUACUCGCCUUACAACUUUUUAAGAUUUAUAAAAUAAAAGAGAUGACUUUCCUUUUUUUGUGCUGGCACCACAAAUUAGAAACCUUGACGUUUUCCAAGGGUGAAAGCCUUCAUAUUACCUGCUGAAGGGUGAUUAAACAUGCUCAGAUUAAGGGGAUCCUAGCAUUGAUUCAAGGUUCUGCUGGUUAAGAAUCCAUCCUAUUAUUGUUGAGCAAUUGAUUAAUAAAUCUGUUGUGUUCAUAGAAAUUGUAUAUAUUCUUGUUCACAGGUGGCUAAUCCUUUUCAGGCCGAGGGCCACGCUGACCCCUGGUGAACUCUGGGGCUGCAUGUAAAAGUGGCUGUGGUAAUAGCUGCAGUUCUCAAGGCUUGCUUUCCAAAAGGCAUUCCCAGCAGCUGUUUUACACUAUUUUAAAUCAUUCAUUAUAGUUCAUAAAAUUGCAUUUGUUUAAAAGGACAAGUUCUGAGGCAGUCUUUCAGGGCCUCACAAAAACCCUUUGGCAUUAUAGUGUCACAGAAAGGGAUCCAUGGGAGCAGUCAAUAAAAAAUGAAGUGCAGGGGAAUGGACAUGUCUUGCGGGUAAUAAAAAACCUUUUUGCAUGGGGGACCAAUUUUUUUAAAUUUAAAAACGCUAUGCUUUGGGGGUGGUCUUGGUCACAAAAAGUCGGUGUGUGUGGAUAUGGCCCACAGUAAAUCAUAGAGUGGUCUUGCAUACCAUUACAAACAGUGCUGACUAGCCUGAGAUUGGGACACCCCUACUUGCACCCAGAGCUGGACUGUGCUUUCUCCAGUGGAGGGUCCUUUAGUUCUGUUGCUGGAACUGGGAGUGCCUGAGUUUGACCCUGAGGUUUAGAAUGCAGAAACCUUGCUGACAAAACUAGAAGGCCAGGCUCCUCUUAUUUAAUACUACUAUGAUCUUGCUUUCCUCCUCUUGGCCUGGUCAGUGGAACAGUAUUUUCUACAUGGCCUGUCUAAGGGAUCCAUGCUGCUUGCCAGUCCUAGGAGUCAAUGUAGAUUACCCCAUUCUCAUCUCUGCCCAGUGGUUGUGUAUAGACAGUAUGAGAUAGCUCACUAAGCUAGGGUCUCAGUACUAGUUGGCGGGGAGCAACAAUGGGAGGCCGAUAUUAUGCUUUUGUGGGCUUCCCAGAGGCAUUUGAUUGACUGAUGUUGGUAAAGGAUACUUCCUACAGUUGAUGGAUAUUUGAUGCGAUCCAUUUGGGCUUUUCUGACGUUCUUCCACAGUCAUGGUCAUUUCCCCACCCCACUCUCUUAUCUCUUGAAACUGCUUAACCUCCAGAAUUUGAAAACACACUUGUACUUUGCACUGUCUGAGGCCCUGCAGGUCCAAUAACAGAUGCCGCUAACUUGUACUUGAAUAAACUGCUGUCCGUGAACUGUCUUUUAGGUCAGUGGACAGAAAAGGUUUCAAAGUCAAACAACUAAAAAGGGUACAGUGGGUGGGGCGCUCAGUGUGCUGAAAUGCUGUGUUCUUCCAUUAACUUAUCAGUUUCAUGAUUUUCUGCAGUGCAUCUCAGCUGUAUAAUAGCAAGAUUCUGUCCUUCCCACCACUUCACAGCCCUUGAGAAUAGCAGAGACAAAUGCAAAAUAUGUGGAAAACCUUUUGGAUAUUGCCUUUAUAUUAUCUUUUAGUUACUUAGUUUUAUAUUGGCUCUUUAUAAACCGCUUUGAGGACUGUCAUGUCAAAAUAUUCAAUACAAAUUCUAUAAGUAAUAAAUUAUGCACAAUCACACUUCAUGGGCUAGUGAAUCUACCAACAACAUCCAUAAUAAGUGUUAUACAAUGGUGCCUCGCAAGACGAAAUUAAUCCGUUCCGCGAGUGUCUUCGUCUAGCGGUUUUUUCGUCUUGCGAAGCAACCCUAUUAGCGGCUUAGCGGAUUAGCGCUAUUAGCGGUUUAGCGGCUAUUAAAGGCUUAGCGGCUUAGCGGCUUAGCUGCUAAAAGGCUAUUAAAGGCUUAGCGGCUUAGAAAAAGGGGGGGGGAAGCGAAAAAAAAAUCUCAAGACUCACAAGACAUUUUUGUCUUGCGAAGCAAGCCCAUAGGGAAAUUCGUCCUGCGAAGCACAUUGAAAAAUGGAAAACCCUUUCGUCUAGCGGGUUUUCCGUCUUGCGAGGCAUUCGUCUUGCGGGGCACCACUGUAUUUUAGUGCCUAUUUGUUUUCAUUUCUCAACUUCCAAGUUGUCCACAAUCUACUAGCCACUUGACACUUUUGAUACAUCAUUUUGUAGUCCUCCUUCCAAUAUCGUCUUUAUUCCUUUAAACCCUUCCAGUAUUUUUUGGUAGUCAGUUUCUCAUAUACAGGCUAGAAUAGAUCUAUUUCUCUUGCUGCAUUCCAUAAUGGACUUAAGAGCAUUUGUGGCUCUAGGAGUGCCCCCUGGUGGAAUUUGUCAGUCACUUUAGAGUGCUAGUAGGAUUUAUUUCUCAUGAAUACUUUACAAAGUGUAUUUUGAUGAUUUUCUCUACAAUUAUGAGAACUAGAAGGUUGAAAAAUAUCAAAAAUUUAUCUCUUCUUAUUCAAUCUAUCUUCAGUCACCUAGACUGAACAACUGAUUGGAUUUUGCAGUUGUUUUUUUUAAAAUAUCUGACUGCAAGUACUUUCAAAGAAACCACCUUAUAUUGAGUUUGACCGUUGGUCCAUGUAGCUCAGUAUGGUUGACACUGACUGGCAGCAGGAUUUCAGGCAGGAGUUCUCCAUAGCCCUACCUGGAGAUUGAUCACAGAAGCCUCUGCUUAAAAAGCAAAUCCUGUGCCACCGAAUCAUGGCCUUUCUCCAGUUGGGGAUCUCGGGCUCAUAUCAUAUUUUUACUGUUUUCCUGCAUGGUUGCUUAAAAUAUGUAAUCCUGGCCACUUUCACAAGUGGGAUGUCCGGGACUGGCUGGGCAAUUAGGAAUGGUGGGAGGCUGCAGCUGGAAAACCCUCUAAUGAAGCCAUAGAAGAGGAAGACUCCAAACCCAGGGAAUGUUGGUGGCACACGGAAGACAGGUCAGAGGAUGAAGGGGUGGAGGCAGAAUGGUUGAAUGCUGAACAAGCAACAGGCUUGAGUGAGAGAGAGGAAGAAGAGGCAGAAAAUGGCAGAUGUAGGGGAGGUGGGGGCUGAGGCUGCAACAGAUUCACAGGAGCCUGCUGGUCCUACUGUAUGCAGCUCACCUCCCCCAUUGUCCCCAAGCACUUGGAGAAUUUUGCAUGUAGCAGAAUGACAAGCCCAGAGGUUGUAGUGGCCCCCUCCCCAGCAGAGUUUAAGACUGCAGGGAAAACAGCUGGAUGGGGAGGAGACUUAGGGGGAAGUGGGAGGCCCAGAUCAUCAGUUCUGGCAACUUCUUCAGUGGGGCCAGUCUCACGUAGGAUUUUCUUGUUUGUAUUCUGUUUCCUUGAAUAAAGAAUCAAUUUUACUGUUCAGCUCUGAGUCUCCGUACUGACCUGCAGCUGAACCAGCCCUGACACUGCAUUUUAAAAACUUUCUGUACUCUUACUUUUUCUAAGGAUUAGCACACAUAUUUGUGCAGAAUAUUGCUGGAUUGUGUUUUUCUGAUAUAUUACACUAAUUGAAAAUCUAGCUGUGAAACUACACAAAACCUGAAAGCUGAUCAUAUUACACAGCACCAUAAUAAUGUUCUCUGAUAUUAAAAAUAAUACCUUUUAUGUGAUUUGGCAGGAUUUUAUAGCUGCAACACAGAAAUUAUGCCUGGUAUAAAUAACUGGACUUCUGAUAUACAGGUAAAGAAAAAAGCAUGCAAAAAUAAAAAUUAAAUGCCUUUUCUUUCAUAGUGAAAUGUAUAAUCUCAGACCUAAAUAAUGAUUUGUGUCUAAAGAAUAAUUAUCCAUGUAAAAGAAUUAUAGGAGCAAGAUCCUCCAUACCAUCAGUUCUUUAUCAAAAAUUAUGGCCCAGUGGUGGCACGAUGGGUUGUAUCUAAAGGUGCCCUUCCACUCAGAGAAGGGCCAUUUUUACACCUUCCACUAGAGUCCCCUUCCUCAUCCUGCUGCCCUCCAGAUGUUUUGAACUACAACUCUUAUCAGCCUUCACCAGCAACUGGAAGGCAACAGGUUGGGGAUGGCUAAAGAGAUUGUUUGGCUUCUGCAAACUGCUCAAGAUGAAGCAUGAGAACUGCUAUGAAACCCACCUUAACAAAUGAAUGAAUGGACCUGAAUAUCUCUCUUCAACAAAGGUUUACUGGGCACUUUACAAAGAUGCUAAUAAUAAUAAUAAUAAUAAUAAUAAUAAUAAUAAUACAACAUAAGAUCAAAACAUAAAUUGCAGUGGGGGAAAAGCCAUACAAAGCAGGAAAUGCUGUUUUUAAAAUUUGAGGAGGAAAAGUAUUUGGUGCCCCAAAUAAAAUAGUUUGCAUGCCCUGCAAGCCUUUGAGGCACCACAUCUAAAUGUGCCUUCUUCUCCUUGGUUGCUAGCCACUUCACCUCAGGUGGAGGCAUUCAACAACAACAACAACAAACUUCAUCACCUCUCUCAACCUUAAUUACUUAUAUGGUUGUAUUAAAAUUAUAUUUAAAUGGCAACUCAUUCAAUUUGUUGUUUCUGCUUUAGAUGUUCACAUCAGUGAGAGUCUCCAGACUUAAUAAUGUUACCCUAACAAACCAAACACUCAACAAGACCUUUAAUGAUCUCUGUGAGAAUCUGCUCAAGGUAAAUGAAUAGCUGCUGGAACUAUAUAUGCGUUUGAACUAUUAAGUUUUUUUGCCAGUGGUACCUAGAAUUAAUUUUCUGGCAUGUCUCAGUGCCUACUUUUCUGCUUGUGGCAAACUCUGGAGUGGAUUGCAUAAGCUAAUACUGAAUGGGACAAUGCUGGCGAGUGGGUGGGGGGCACAGCCUUGUAGCAAAGUGUUGUACUAGAUGGCUACUUGGUCCAUUCCAACUUUAGGUCUCAGGAAAUCAUAUACAAGUGUUAAAUGGCACAUAAGAUAAUGCAUCUAUUUUCUUGGUAAGACACCAGAGUAAGUAUCAGUGAAUGUAUUCAUUAGCUAUCUCUGGGAGCCGUGGACAUGGUGAAAGGAUUUAUGGCUGUGUUCCUUGUUCUACUUUAAAACAUGAAGGGUGCUUUUCACCAAAAUUACAUUCCUGAAAACCACUGACAACAUAAAAAUCCAGUAGUAGCACAACACCUGUGGCAGAGAUGGAAGAUUUCUUGCAUUUCUGGACCAAAAGCCACACAUUCAGCAUGGAGUGACAAAGGUUGGCAACUAUACAGUAAUUAGCAAAGUCAUCAGAUGAUUCUUAAAUGCCAUUUUAAUGCCACUGUAAGAAACUGAGCCCCCCCAUACAUAUUUGCAAUAUAUAUCUCCAAAUGUAUAAAUCUUUCCAACAUAUCUUUGCAAACCACUACAGGCAAGGGUCCAAGUAUGCCAAAAACAGCAUACUCAAAAUGAUUCACGCACACUUUAAAGGUAGAUGGCAGCAUCUGCUCACACUGAUGUAGCUGAAGCAGGGAAUUAGAAUUGGGCUACAAAGAAAUGAAACCCAGACCUCCACCAGUUCAGAGCAUACUAGAUACAUAAUAUAUACUAAUUUCUUGUGUUCAACAGAGCCUGUAUUUUAAACUUCGAUCUAUGAUUCCUUGCUGUCUGUGCCAUGUAAAUUUUACAGUUGCUCUUCCAGAGGAUGAAUUAAUUCAGGUAAGCCAGUCCAUUCACCUUUUUGUAUUUGAAGCUCUUCACAUUAAUCUGUGACAGGAGCAGACUUUGAAAAAGUAAAGCUGGUCAAGUCAGACACAGGUUAUGCUGAAAGCUCCUUCCGAACCAUUUAGUUUUACAAUUUUGAGUUUAAAAGCUUGGCUUGCUUAGCAAACAAAGUUUAUGAAGAUACUUUGGAGAAUGACAGUUGUAAUGCUCCUUUUCACUGCUCAGUUGCUGUAGGACACACAUUCUCAAGAGUGUGGCUGUUUUCGGCAAGGCCCUGGGCAUUGUAUAUAACUUUGAUAAUUUAAAUGUGUCUCCACAGAAAUGUUCAUGUGGUUCCAUGUAAUUGCAGUGCUCAUUGCCAUUUCCUUUUAAAAUAUGUGUGGCCAUGCUGUGAGCCUAUUUUAGCAAUUGCUGUGUUUAAAUGAGAUGUUUGACUGCAUUCUAACCUUUUCAGUUAUUUGCAUGCCCCAGAGUAUGGUGAAAUCAUGUUUAAUUAAAUUUCUUUCUUUCAAAGUUGUUGUGAGGAAUGUUGACAGAAACAAAACCUUACUAUGAUUACAUUGUUGCAUACAAACUGUUUUGCUAUUUUAAAAGGUUUUUCAGAUGGUUGUAAUGCUUGUAAUUUUUUUUAAAAAAUGUGCUGUUUUGUGGUUUGCUGCCCUGGGCCAGCUUGCGAGGAAGGCAGAGUAGAAGUUUUAUAAAAUCUCAAAUCAGACAUACAAAGUACCAUUGCCUUUGAUAGUUAUUUGCCUACCAUUUUUCUUUUACACAGUCCCAGGCAUCUUUAUUUCUAAUGACAAGGUAUCAAAAUAGGCUCACUCAAUGGAAUAGUUUGUAUUGAAAGAUCAUUGAGUUGGAUUCAGACUAUUACAGUCAUACUUGCCAUCAGGUUCUGUUGAUUUUGGGGGUGGGAGACAUGGGGCUAGUGCAGUGAUCAGACCCGAUGCUGUCCCAUGGUGCUAGUUUUGGAUCUAGCAGAUUCCAGGCUGCCACAGCCCCUCCCCCAUUUGGGGGCUUUCUGCAGGCUGCUGGCAAUCCUGCCUGUGGCACUUCUGCCCACUUGCAUGUUUCUCAUGCAGAACAGAGAGUUCCCUGCCAGUGGAGUGACACUGGCAUCACUCCAUCGGUGGAAACUAGCAGGGCUUGGUAGAGGAAACCUCCGUCCAGUGCACACCAACCCUAAAAAGAAGGCAAGAUCAAGUGCAACCUUAGGUUGGAUCCAAUCCAUAGUGAUUAGGUUAUGAUGUUCCUUAAAAGUUUUUGCUUUCAAACCUGUUUUGCACCCACUACACCUGAAAUGAGAGUCCAGGAUUGGCAAACCAUAAGGCAAAUAUCACCUAAUUGGACAGCCUGCCUGCUGCCCAGUAUUUCUCUCCCCAGCCCCACCAGCUGUGGAAUGCUCAUCCUGAUGUGGGCCGUUUUCAGGAAGGCCUCAUCCAAGAACCUGGAUGGGUGAUGGGCAGCCCUGCCUCUAAGCUGGGGCCAAGGCCUAAUUGGUGCCCCCAAUAUUCCUUAACCACCGCCCCACCCCCUGCGUGACUGCUGUUCCUUCCAAGUGCCCUUCACCCACCAACAGAUGUUCUGGCAAUAAAAACACCAGAAAACAUCCUGACUGAUGAGGAAGGCAAAAAAUCCCCCUCAAACAGCUAAACAUGUGGAGGGUAACUAGUGACAGCUGAUGCCCAUAGCAAGAGUAUGGGACAGAGGGAGGGUGAGCAGGGAAGUCACCUCCAACACAAAUGUGUCUCUGUAUGGCAUGUCCAGUAUUUAAAUACUUGGUGUGGUCCACAGACACAAAGUUCUGGUUCAUGGCAAGUCUCUGUCCCCCAGGCGGUCAAAUGAGCUUGGACUGGCACCCAUUGAGGGCCAGUGGAGGUGCACUUCCCAACACCUCUUCAAGCCCAGUUGGCUCCUUCACCCUUGAGCAUGCCAUCUGCUGAGAUCAGCAAGUGAAGAUUUCCAUUAACCACCAGUUAAGAAAAAUGCCAUGGUUAAGUUAAAAAGCAAAGUGAGAGAGAAGGUUUGCACAAUGUGUGUCUGUAUAUCUCCCCAAAGUGUAAAUGGGGUUAAUUUUAAACUUUGAAAUAAAGUCUAAGAAAUAAAAACCUGACAACAUUAUAUUUACAAUUGCAGGUCACUGUUACAGCAGUUGCAAUAACAUUUGACAAACACCAAGCUUUGCAAGCAGCUAAAACUCCUGCAGAAAAAACAUUACAAAGAGGUAAACACAUUGAGGAACUUAAAACUGUCAGCUCUUGCCUGUUAUGGGUGCUAUAAUUGUUCAUUGUCACUGCCAUCUCAGGAUGCCCAUUCAUUUAAUUGGGCCUAAGUGGGUGUCAUUAGGUGCAGCACUGCAGCCUAGACACCCUUUCCUAAUGUUGCUGCAACAUAUUUCAUCUUUACAAUCAUUACGGUCAAGCAGCUUUUAUCAUUCUCAGGUUUGCUUUUAACCACUUCUUGCAGGCUGUGGCAUGUUUCACAAGCAAGCAAAACAAGCAUACAUUUAUGCUGCUCACACACACACUGGGAUGGUGAUGCUGCAUGCAGAUGCUGGGUGUGGAUUGAAACUCUAAUGUAUUUAAUUCCAUGCCUUGAUUAAGAUUGAUUAAUUUAAUUGUAGUGUGUGCAGUGGCUUACAGGGUGUGAGUCUGAGAGUAAACUGCAUUAAAGUGCCCUGUGUUCAUGCCUCUGGGGAAUAGAAUUAACAUCAACUGAAGCAAUACCUGUGGCUAACCUUAAGGCAUGAUAUCUCAAUUUAACCGGUGAUUUUUCCAGAGGGGCACAGGUCUUCAGGGCAUAUUUAGAAAGAAGCUGCUGGUACUACUUAAUCAGUUAAGUGAACUGUAGUUAUUAGUGAACAUCUCUUUGCUUUCCACUACAGUGGAUUGCUAAGGAAGUUGUCCUGUUAUAACAAUGACUUCUGACUGUGCAGCAGGUCAUCUUCUUUUCUCCCCAGAGGAAAUCCAGAAUAGAUUGGGGGAGCAGAAGAGAGGAAGAGGAAGUCCCAUUGUGCAGGCAGAAGUCCUUGCACUAAAGGGACAAUUUCAUUGGAUACAACCAAGCCUGUGGGUUUUUUUGUUUUGUUUGUGUAGGUUGGUAUAUGUGAAUUUUGUAAAGAAGAAAUAAAUUAACGUUUUUGUGCCUUUCUUCUUCUGUUUUUGUUUUUGUUGCCAGCUUCUACAGACAAUGAAGAACAGCUACAGUUUCCCAUGGAGCUUUCUUCUGAUCCUCAUGCUCCCCAGCAAUUCUCGCCAGCAAAAGGUUGGUUAAAGAAAAAGGCCAUUUGCUUAUCUUCUUGUGUUCCAUCCACUUGCUCCUUUUUUGUUUGUCAACCGUAGAAGUAGCCCUGCUACGCAAUGCAAGUUUUUUGUUUGCCAAAAAGACUUCAUCCUCCGGAUAUGUGAGGAGAGCGAAACAAAAUGUUCUUAAUAUGUCCGCUGUGCAGUCUCUUUUUAAGAACAGGGUGGCUGCUGCUGAAGAGGGAGCAAAUGAACAGGAACAACUUGCGCUUCUUUUACUGCUCUUCUAAUGCUGCUUUGAGCUGCUGCCAAACAGCCAUUCUAGUCUAGAGACAGCUGCAUUUCGGAAAAGUAUGAGGUGGUUCAUCUAACUACAAAAUGUGCUCUGAAGAGAUGGGUUUUGCUGAGUCUGAAUCAAGUCUUUUUGGAAAUUUAAGGAUUGUAAAUAUUAUAGAUUAUUUCUCUUGGAGAGGCAGAUAUAACUAACAAUGCGCCGUGCCAGGUAUUUUCCAAAGGAAAGGAAAUGUUCCACCACCCUCAUCCUAAAUCAGGCUUCUUCAAACUCAUCCCUCCAGAUGUUUUUGGCCUACAACUCCCCUGAUCCCUAGCUAGCAGGACCAGUGGUCAGGGAUGAUGGGAAUUGUAGUCUCAAAACAUCUGGAGGGCCGAGUUUGAGGAAGCCUGUCCUAAAUCUUUAUCCUAAUACAGAGGUUGUAGACUUCACAGCAGGGAGCCACAAAAUAAUUAAUCCAAACUAGGGAGUAUGUGAUUUGGCAUAAGUAAGUGCAAAGUAAUGCUCGCUGGAAUAAAUAUUCCAAAUUUUGCAUUAGACUGAUGAGGUCUAAACAGGUACCUACCUAGAAAAAAGAGAUAUUAGCAUUACAUUGGAAAGCUAAUUUGAAAUGCCGUCUCUUGUGAAAGUGUUUUGCUACUCAAGUCAACACAGCACAUCUGCAAGGAGGUCAAAAGUAUAACGCUAUACAUGUCUGCAGUGAAGCAAGUCCCAGUAAUUUCAGUGGGCUUACUUCAAGGUAAGUGGGCAUUUGAAUUGCAGCCCGAAUCAACAAAGAGUCUUGUGAUACAUUAAAAGAUGAACAGUUUUAUCAUGGUGUAGGUGUUUGUGGCAAGAGCCUACUUUGUUGGAUAUAUGAGGUUCCAUCCUGUUGAAAGGUUCAACAAAUGAACUUCAAAGGGAGGCUCCAGCAGGAAAGUGCUGAAUGAGAACUUAAUCAGUUAAUUUUAAGUGAAGAAAAUGUAUUUUUGCUUAUUAAUUAUUGUGGAUAAUAACAUUUAGUCUGUUACAGAUUUUAAAUACUGUAUUUGUUAUGAAUUAUAGUUGUAUGGAUUUUAUUGUUGUAGCUUGCUUUGAUAACUUUUUUUGGUAUAAGGCAACAAAAUAAUUUUCUCCAUCUGGACUUGACUAGAUCUGUUCUACCACAGUUCAUUAAUGCAGGGUAUAUAGGAUAUGUGACCACCAAUUUCUGCUCUUGUGAAUGGUCGCUAUGCUUUAUGAAACAAGACUCAUUUUGUUUUUACUACAACAUCAGAAGUGUAAUUAGGGAGUGUCCCAGAGACCCGAAUCCCACAAGAUGCCCGGAGUCUUCCAAAGUGCAAUGCCCAGGAGACCACAGCCAACCACCAUCCUAAAUUUCCCAGAGACUCUUGUUAUAAUUUUAAUAUGUAUAUAAGCAGCCCAUAGCUCAGAAUAAGCCCUGACAGGUAAACUUUGCUUCCUGCCCCUUGGAAUGUGAGCCUAUAUUUGCAUGUACAUACAUUGCAAAUUUGUGUCAUAAGCCUGUGCCCCAAGUCUUUGAAGUACCUAACAGUGCUCCUGUGCAACUGAUUAACAUGGCUAUCCUCUGGAAACUCUUAUCCCUAAAGUCAGUUUUAACAGAUUAUGCUAGGUCAUUGCCAAGUGAGGUAAUUACACAGUUAGUGUCUCAAGGAAGCUUCUGGAGCAACGCACUAUUGACCACACAAAUACUUCGACAAAUCUAUCCUGUUGCUGAGUUUCUGUUUACCAAACCACCCUCCUCUUCUUUCUACAAAUCAGAAUCUUCUGGAAUUCCAUGUCUUUCAUUGUGUAAACUUAGCCUUCUUGCAGGGUUUCACUGUUGUUAACUUAUUUGGCUUAUUCUUUUCCAAAGAUUAGUAGGAGACCCUAUUUGUAAAAUAACUGCUGGCCAGUAGAGGGUAGUCUACUCCCUUGUCAGCAAACAGUGUGUUUAACAUUAACCAUGGAUGGUCUGUGAAACGCAGCAAGCAUUUAUGUGAGAUCAUCAAGGUUCGUAUCAACGCCUCCCAUUCUCUAAAGAGAAUUCUUUCUUUUGGAAAGAUCUGUAGUUGAUAUAUGAUUCAUAAUUUACUUGAACUCCUGUGAGAACUUAAUUAUUAAGUUCAUUUGCACUUCAGGCAAAAUAAUAGAUCAACAAAGCAAACAUUUAUUACGUUCUCACUAAACCCCCACAGAGUGCAGUGUUAAUGUAAUGGUGCUAAAGGGGUAUAUUCAGCUUACAAAUAAAAUUCCUGCCUGAUCAGGUUCUGUUUUUUAAAUUUCUAUAACGAAAACACAGCUUGGACAAUUGCCUGCCUGCCUUCCAUAAGGUCUUGGAAUAUUGUUUUGUGUUACCAUAAUACUUAGGUCCUGUUUUUUUCCUGCGUUUUGACUAACAGCCUGCUGCCCUCCCUGCUUUCUCCCAGCAGCUUUGAGACAAACUUGCAUCAUUACAAAAGGAUCAGGGAGCUUCUGCAUACAAAUAAGCAUGUUGUCGCCUAGUUAAAGCAUUAUGUUCUGCAUGUAGUAAAGUAUGAAGGGAAGAAGGCUAGUGUGCAUAAGCCCUGUUACACAUUUCUGCUAUAUUCUUGGGGAAAAGUAGCAUGUGAACAGGCCCUGUAUCUCUAAAACAGAGAGACCUUAACCUGAGUAAUGCUGUUGAAGUUGCACUAUGUACAUUGUGGAUUCAUGAAGGCUUCAGCCUGAAUUUGUUACCACUUUUCGGAAAGCAGGAAGCAUUGCACUCCCAAUUAAUCUGGCAAGUGAGAUUGAUUCACAACUGCAGGCAUGUAGUCUUUAUGUGUACACAUACACACAGGCAACACAUAUGCAGCUUCAUAAAAGUGCAGACAUUCCUUUAUUCAUAUUGUUGCAUUCUUAUUGUUGCACAUUACAAGGGGAAAAAACCCCACCCCAGGAAGCAAAAACUGGGACAACAGAAAAUUCUUUUUUCACCUUGAUUUUUCACACAGAUACACACAUGACUUUUCUCUAGAGUUGCAUGCGGGCAGCAAGUAUUUCUGUGGUGCGUUGACACUAGCUAAGUAGGCAUGUCUGUCUAGGAAAUCUAUAGUCCAAUAACACCUGAUGUGUGUUUAGUAUGGCCCCUCCCCAUCACAUUUUUGUCCUAGGGUAUUUCCUAGCUUUCUUCAAAGCCCCACACCUAGCACUGUUUCAUACACAAUUUUAAAUGUAUCCUUAAAAAUACAAAGUGUUUAUAUGACAAAUUUUGUGUUUACAAGCACAUCCAUCAUAUGUGCACAAUCAUCAGACAGCAAGGAUUGGUUAUAGCUCCCUUAGUGUCAGUCUUUGCUUUGCUGCUGUCAUGUGGAUAAAAUGAGCCCUAGUUGACAUAACCCAUGUUGAUGGUGCUGGUCUAGUGUAUAGCUGCACUAAUAAAGAGUUGCCAAGGGCACACAUGCAAAACAGGGGAAAUUUAUUCUCCUGGCUUAAGAUUCUCCAGCCUGGACUGAAACAUAACCUUUUUAUGGUUGACAGAAGUGCAGAUUAAGUUAGUGAAAUAGUGCAGUUAAACCAUGUUCUUCCAUAAAGAACUGACAUGAUUUACAUUGAUUUGUAGAUAUUACUUCAACCAUGGUGAGGUAACCAGUGGCCCACGGGUCAGAUUCAAUCCACCAGCCUGCCAACUUGUCUAUGACUGUCUAAAAGUGACAGUCAGAGCACUGCCUCUGGCAACAGCUGCUUUCAGCAUAGGCAAAGGAGAAGGUGGGCAGCUCUUUGAAAGCAUCAGAGGAGAUUGGGAAACCAUUUGUCUCUGCUGCUUGUAAUAUCCUGCCUACCUCCCUCUUCAGCAACUGCUCACAGCAGUGGUUUCUAAUGUCUUUUGUCUCCUUUACUGUUGGGAAAAGCGAGGGAUGAGGGAGGCUGGCUUUAUUGGGAUCCACUGCCUCAAGGCAGCUGAUGCUCCAUAAAUGAACAUAGGGAGAGGUUGCCACAAGGUGCCUAGCUGCACCAACUGGUGGUUUGAGCCCUCCAGGUGGUUGGCCAAGGGGGGAUGUGGCUCUCAGGCAAAAAUUGGUUCACUGACACUUGAUUUUAACUGUAGUAACAGAUUGUGUUGCAUUGAUCCUAUAGUAAUCAAACCAGAUUUUCUUUAGCAGAGCAGCAUUUGAACACCUGGAAAAGCUUGUUAGAUAGCCAGCACCCAAUGACAAGAAUAUACAUAAAAUACAAAGAGAUAUUUUAAAAUGCUGCUUACAUAAUGACUAGGGAGCAUUUUUUUUAUUCAGAGUGAAUAUAAAAGUUUCUCAGUAGAGAACUGUAUACAAUCAUAUGAAAUGACUUGGAUGAAAUAUUCAUGUAGCUUAAUGUCUGUAACCUAUAUGAAGCCCUCGUUCUGGGGGUUGUUGCCUCCGUUUUUGCAUUGAGGUUUGCUUUUAUGGUGCUCUUUGCAAAAUCAGCACCUUGGAGAGCAGAAUAAGGCUGAUAGUCUGGGGCUGGAGACAUCCUUUCAUUUGGGUGUGCAUGUAUGUGCUGAAAAUAGUUUAUUACAGCCAUGGUUGCCUGUGCUAUGUGUAUGAUUCCCCCACAGUCAGCCAUGGCAAACCACAAACCUGCAAAACUUGCUUGAUCAGAGACAAUCAUGGCACUAAAGAACUAACAAACAGCAACACACAAAAACAAAACUUGCCAUCUGUCUUCAGUCUGAUUUUGCUUAGUGGAAGCCUUUAUACAGUGUUUAGAAAUCUGAUGAGAGAAACUUGUGGCUUUUUUCAUGCUAGAACAGAUGUCAGCAUAUGAUAUGUCAGUGAGUAAGUUCCAGAAGUUUUGUGAGGUUCAGACUUGCGGCUGAUUGUUCUUUUAUUACAAACAUAUACUUCUUUGGCAAUUUUCCAGUUUCUUCUUUGCAUGCUUACCUGGGGACCAUUAACAAAAUUUCAGUUCUUUCUUGUGUACCUUGGUCAUUCCUGUUUCAUGCUUCUAGGGCGCUGUAGUCUAUACAAUUAUGGCUUAGUUUGUGUGGGAUGAAUAUGUGGCAGAUCAUGGGUUUAGCCAGGGAGUUCAUAUGUAGUCACCUUUUGGAUUCCUGUCAAUCUUGUUGCCCUGUGAACAGAUGUCAGCACCCUGGUGAAAAGUUCUGAAAAUAAGAGAGCUCAUCUGAAAAUAAUAAUGAUGAGCUCUCUUAAAUAUUAUGAAGGUAAACACAAGCUUCCUGGAUUAUAAUUUAUUUCAUUUGAACAAGACAUAACUAAUUUUUGGUCUAUUGGACUCAGAAGAAGAAAGAAUGUGGUAUAGAAAUGAUAACAAUGCAAAAGAUAAUUGGAUACAUGCCAGUCAGGGCACAUGCCUCCAUUGCUAGAAACAGUUGAGAUAGGCUUUUUUUAAUGUUCUAUUGUUAGCCUGCAGUUCUUACAGAAGAGCUUGAGUAAUAAAUUACUUGGCUAAAAAUGAGUACAACCCCAUGCUAGGCUUCUAAAAACCAGACUCAAUCAAAGGGCAGGGGGGGACCUGACUGAGGACAAAAUAGAAAUGAACAAUAAAGAUCAUGUUUGAAAGAGAAGAGGAAAUGCAUAGGAAAGAAACAGUUCAGCAGAUUUGAGCCAUGUGAUGAAACUGCAGGGUAUGAAACAAUGGUGGUGGUGAUGAGGGCUUAGAAUUGGGCACCCUGCUUGGAGUGGCACUUUUAGUGGAAAGUGGAGAGUUAUAGCAGAGUCAGUAUUCAGUAAUAGGAAGAUUCAUACGGGAAGAAGAGAAGCAUAGAAGCUAUGAAGGGGGAGCAUUAGGUAGCAGUGCAGGACAUAAAAGUCCCUUACCCCACGAAGAAAGGCAGAUACAGUAUAGAUAUAGAGAAACAGAAAUAGAUAGUUUUUUAGGAAUCCCAGACUCUGCUCACAAAAGUCCAGGGAUUAUCAGCAGCCUUGCAUUUGUGGUUAUAUAUUAACGCUUCGGUUCUGUAAUUAUACCAUGCACUUAUGGUAGAGUUCACAGAGGUAAUUUGGUUCCCAACAUUUGGGAUCCUUAGAAAGAGAAGAGUUCUGCAUGCUCAGCUUCCGCUUUAAGUUCUGAGAGGUAAAAAGCAUUCCUUGUGAUCUUUCGCUGACAAAAAUUUUGUGAGAGAAACUGUCCCACAAAUUUUAAUAUUUAUCAUGUACAAUUUUUAAAAGGUUACACACCUUAUAAAUUUAAUCUGUGUCACAAACCUGUACUAGCUGUUAAAAUUUCCCCACCAAUUAGUGGGGUCAAUUUUACAUACUGUAGUUGCAACAAAGAUUUUCCCUUCUCUUUCUUUCUUUCUUUCUUUCUUUCUUCUGUUGGGCUCAGUCUUGGGUUCUGCAGGGGAGCAAAAUGGCUAAGUCAGAUAUUUAGACUUCGUUCUUUCCAAGAUUUUUAGAACUUAGUCUCUGCUUUUAUAACUUAAAUGCAUAAGUGCAUCAUUCUAUCGUUUCUUCUGUUUCUAUUCUGUGAUUAUCAAUCCUUGCUCCCUCUGCUUUUUCAGUUUAGCUGCCUAUUCCAUCAAUGUUAAUCCUCCAUGUUAGGUUAAGCAUUAACCCUUAUUCUUUCAUAGCCAUUCUAUACAUUUAGGUUCUAUGGAGCAUAGGCAGUAAAUGUAGUAAAUUCGCAGAGUACAUGCUUCUUUUUUUAGUAGUUGCAGUUCAGAUUUGCAAUCCCUUGCUAUUUUUAAACAGAGAGCCUUCUAAGUAUGGAAGGCCAUAGAACUAGAAGAGAAUCUUUUUAAGGUGAUAUCCAAAGACGCUUUGCCAAGAAAAACCAGUCCCUCUUGAAUGUAGUACAAAGUUUACUGUAUUCUGUUGUGAACAAUAGGUUGUGCAAAGUUAAUGUUGUGUGAAAUAAAACCAGAAAACACAACACAGGGAUUUCUCUAGCAGAUUACUCACUUAAAAAUUGACAUGAAAUAAAAAUCUGUAUUAAUAUAGUUAAUGUUUCUUAUGUCAUAUCAGUGGAAUUCAUUUUGUCUUAUUAGAGGACCUGGAGAAUGCAAGUUCCCACACAGCUGUCCAAAGAGGUGAGUUUCCUUGAUUUAGCUAUAAGCCAGAACAGGGGAUGCAUUCCUGGCUCUGUUGGGGGUACACUUGGGAUGUGGCUUCAAGCAUUCAGGAAGUAUGUACCAGUUGCCUUGGAAAGCACGCUCUGAUGUGGCUUAUUGAUAUCUGAAUAUGCUCAUCAAAGUAUUUUUAUAUACAUUAGGGAUAGCUAGAAUUAGAAGUGACGGGUAGUCUUACAUUGUCGCUUUGUCUUCCAGAACAAUUUUCGUAAUAACUGGUUGAUCAGUUCUUCAUCUUCCUUUAAUGUUAUAUUGAAUUCCUCAGUUGUUGUUUUUUUACGGAGUACUGGAAGGGGAUGGAACUAAAGAUCAGUUAAUACAUAAACAAUGCAUGCUGCUGUGGAAUUCUUGAUACCAGUCUUGGUGCCUGCCUAGGAAUACUCAGUAAUCUUUGGGGGGGGGGGGAGACACACACCAAACCUUCAAUUUUCACUGCGAGGGUAACAAUCUUGAAAAGGAAGAGGUGUUUCAAUAGCACAAACAGGGGCUUACGUGGAGUAUAUUUUAAUCUUUAUUUCCUGCUUAUCAGGAGGAGUUAUGUGAUUUUUAAAUUAAAGCUGAAAACAAUUGCUGAACUUUUGAUCUAGUGAGCUUGUCCGGGAAGCUCAUAAGCUUGAGUUUAAGAGUUUGAGUGGCCAUGCAAGGCACCCCAGGUGUUGGAUUCAAAACAUCAAACUUGUUGCCAAAAGGGUGCAAAUACUUUUCAUUUAUUUGUUUAAAAGAUUUGUCUGGUAUGGAUACUGUCGAGGGUGAGGUGUGAGAUCCUAAGGACAUUAUAUGGGAGUUCCCUCAUUCAUGUAGCCCUGUGCCAGUUAUUUUGUUUAUUAUAGUGAAAAUAUCCUUUAUAUUUAAAAAUAUGUGCUCAGAGCUGAAUGACUCUGUCCCAUUUGACUACUGUUUGCACCUGAAUUCACAACAUCAGGUUACCUGGGUAUUUCACACCACUUACACCUGUCCAGUACAGAUCAUUUCAUGAUGUAUUCAUUAACUAAACAUAUCACAACACUGAGCACUUCACACUGGUUCAGACAGUCAGCUGAUCCCAUUCAAACUGCAGCCAGCAAGCACUCACCCGGCAGGGAUCACAUUGAAGAGAGAGCUGCACGAAACAGCUUGUGGGGACCAUGUACACUGGUGCCAUGAUUUGUACAGUCACAGUGAUCCUCCAGAUCAAUUCGUUCUUGCAAAUUGCGGCAACUGUGUGAAUCUGUUCAUGUGAUCUCUGCUUCCUUGCGGUCCCUGCUGGUGGCCCUGCAGACUCCCAUAGGCAGUUUGUGUGGGACCUGUCUACUCUCUGCUCUGGACCAGUGCCUGAAAUUGGUGUAUCUGGGAAGUGGAAGGUACUUGUGCAGUGUCUUCCUGCUGAUCGUCAUACAGCAGAAGGCUCAAUUUGUGCUGCCUUGUAGAAGCCUCCACAGUGAUCCCAAGCACUGUAACUUUCAGAAAUGUUGGACAUAAUUCACAGAAUCAUCAGAGUUGCCAAAAGGGCGUCUCUUGAAGCACCGUCAAGCACUCUGAAAGCACUGUUACAGAAAACUGCAAGGCAGUCUUAGAGCAGCUGGUACUCUUUUGAAUUCAUUGCUGCAGAACUGCAUAAAACAAGAUAUGUAUGCAUUUUCGUAGGGAUGAUAUUUCUAGAUGUUCAUACCACGUAGGUGAAUCAUGUCCUACCAGUAAUGUCCAAGCAGAGGCAAGCACUGUGUUUUCUUGGAAAACCACUUAUUCUUGGAUGCAGAUAAUUGAUUCAUCAGAAGGAGCACUGCAAUGGGCAAAGGGGCAUCACCCAUAUUUUUUUCCUUUGUUUUUCCUUUUGUUUUUCUGUCUGUGUUUCCAGCAACAUCAGUUGAUUACAGUUCCUUUGCAGACAGAUGCAACAGCUGGAUAGAAUUCAUUAAACUGAAAGCUCAGACCAUAAGGCGUGGAUCAAUUAAGACAAGUAGGCGGUCAUUUCUACCACAUUCUGAUCAUUGGAAGCGUAGUUCUGAUCUUUCAGUGGCAAACGGUGGAGCUUCCUACCCAGUAGUGGCAUUGCAAAAUCAGUGUCCGAGUGUGAAAGCUGCAGACACACAGCGUCUGUUUUUGAAAACAUUAAUGCCAGGUUGAUUUUGGAGCGCAUUGUUCUGUGCUCCAAAAGUAAACUGCCAGUAAAUAUAUAGGUGAUAAAUAGGCUUGUGAAUUGUACAACUAAAAGGUAUACAUACCGUGUGGCAGAAAGUGUAUGUAUACAUCAGUGAAAUUCUUCAGGCUAUGCAAGGAUCACCUGCAUGAUAUUUGUGGCAGCAAUCACUGAAUUACAAAGUGGUGAGUUUUUAAUUUUUGUUUAAGUAGUUCAAUGGCUGCAGGUAUGACUUUUGCUUUAGUUACUCAAGAUGAAGAUUUACCUGGAAGCUGACAGCAAUGAAGAAUUUGUCCAAAAUUUGAAAAAUGCUGGACUGGAGAAACGUGUCAACUUUCACACUCUUUCCUGUAGACUUUUUGUCGUUCCCUCUAGCAGAAAUUUUUACCAAAUCGUGAUACCUUUCCCAACCACUCCCUCCCUCCCUCCGCACUACCUGUGUCUUCACUUUAUAACUGAUCAUUUGUAUGUGCAGCUGCUGGCCUCAGUGUUUUCUUUUGCAGGAAUGCUACUCUUCUUCCAAAAUUAAAUCCCAUUCAAGCUUUUUGUCUCUCGUUUGCAUGUGCUGCAUGGUUAUUUCUUUUCUAUGGCUGAGCAUCACGGGCAGCUGAAUGUUGUCACCAAGCUAUGUGGAAACCAUGAAGAAGGCUUAAUCUGUUGGAGCUACCGAUGCAACUAUCCAUAUAUUGAGUAGUUAUUCUCUGUCUGUCUUCCUUCUUUCCUUCCUCCCUUCUGCCACUUGUAGCCAUUUCAUUCGACAAGCCAAGUCCAUUGACAGAAGGACAGUCCCGUCGUUCUGGCGCAUCCGGCAUGAGUUCCACUGUGCCAGUUGUUAAGAUGACACCUCUUUCUUUCAUCGCUGGGGCAAAAAUAACCAAAUACCUUGGAAUAAUCAACAUGUUUUUUAUACGAGAAACCACUUCUUUGCGUGAGGUAAGCUGCACUGGAGUUUGCCUUUCUCUCAUGGCUAACAUGGCUGCUCUUGGGUUUUAGUUAUGCUGGGUGCAAGAGAUGCAGCGGUUCAGAAUUAACAGAAAAAUAAAGGGCAUAAGUCUUGCUUGAGCAGAUUCCAGAUUAUCAUAUCUCCAUAUACCUUCACUAUAAGUAAAAUCCAAUGCACAGUUGAAUUUUGUGCUCUUUUUAGCAGAUUAACCCAGCUCUUGAUUGUGUGUUUGCAGAAAAGAUCCACAGUAUAGCUCUGCUAGAUAAUUUGAAAAAUAUGCAGAUAUGCUAUUAUAAGGCAACAAUAACAGCAAACGUUUUGGGAGCCUAAGCAAAUUGUCGCACAGUCCCAUCUGUUCCUUGUAUGGUUUUGAAUGCUAUUUGUGGUUUUUCAUUGCUUUUUUGCUGAUAAAUCAGACUGUUUACUUGGAGGUUUGAAGUAGUAGUUCUCAAAGUAUGUGUUAACUCUGAAUGAUGCUUUAGAAGACUAAGAAAAAUGACACAACUCUUUUGGAACAACUGUUGAUUAGUUUUCACUUGUUUAGAAUAAAUUUGAAACUAAAGAACAGUAAGUGCUGGGGAUGGUUUUACUAGUGCCUUGCCACUAAAAUGUGUGUUGGUGUGUUUUUAUAGGAGGGCGGUGUAAGCGGUUUUCUUCAUGCAUUCAUUGCUGAGGUCUUUGCAAUGGUAAGGGCUCACGUGGCAGCUCUCGGGGGAAAUGCCGUUGUCUCUUACAUCAUGAAGCAGUGCGUGUUCAUGGAGAAUCCAAACAAAAAUCAGGUAAACGGUGCUUGAAGAGAACACUGUAUGUCUGCACAUAAACGAUAAGGACUAGAGAAGCCUGACAGCAUUUGCAAUGUACUGGCAUCCAGGCAAGGUUCUCCUGACUAAUCAGUCAAGAACUCCUGCUAAGAAAACAACCUACCUGUUAAUCACACCAUGUCAAGCGAUUGACGGGUGGGUUAUCCCACUCACCUGUCAAACGUUGGCAGUCGGGAGUGGGGGCAGAUGACAGUCUGGCUCACAAGUCCAAAAGGGUCCCCCACCCCUUCUCUAAAGGGUUUGUGAUGGCCCCUAGGCCUUAAAAUUGAGCCAUUAGACUUUUCAUUUGUUUGUAGCUACUGGAAUUCUUGUCUAAUAAACAUAGCUGCAUGAUUUGGCUCCUUUUGUGUGUGAAGUCACAAUAGAUGCACAGGGAAUGGAGGACUGCAUUUCCCAAGAAACAUCACAGUUUUGGUAAAAUACAUAUAUAAUAUUCCCACUUUUUAAGGACAGGAGUCUUAAAUCCUGAUAAAAAAGGAACAACUGCAUUAUUUGCACUGGGCUCCAAAGGCCUUUUGAACAAUGUGUACCAUUCCAAAAAGGACGUUGGCGAAUUGUCAAUUUGUAGCUUUCUGCUGUAUCAGCUUUCAGAGAAUUUGAAAGGGAAACACAUGAAAAGUGAGGCUGAGCAUCCUUAGCUUGGAGAAAAACAAAUCUUUAUUUGUUGGGGCUGUUAGGGAGGGCCCUAUCAAAAUGGGCUGGUGUAGGUGGAGGGGAAAGAAUUAUUUACUCAGGCCAUUUCACACAGAAACCAUCUGUGUGAUCAGAAGCCUCUGAAUCUCUAGUACUACUAGUUUUGGCCUCUGCUAUAACCAUCUGCAGAAAGCUCCUUCUCUGCUAGCGUUGCUGCAGCUGCUCAUCUGUAAACUUUUUGUCAGCACUUGGCUGCUUCUGGCAGCAGAGAGGUACAAAGACCUUGUCCAGUAGCAGGAAUUUAUUUGCACAUUUUAAACUCCUGUGUAAACAAUAAGGUUCUGUUUAAAAUCUACAAGAUAUAUAACUGGAUGCCCGCUUUCUGUCUUUGCAGGCACAGUGCCUAAUAAACGUCAGCGGAGAUGCAGUAAUCUUUAUACGUGAAUCGGAAUUGGAAGGAGCAGCAAACCAGCUCUCCACAAAUGGCUCUCAACCUACCAAUUCAAAAGAUGCCAUAAGUUACAACAUGAAGAAGUGAAAUGGCUUUAAUUAUACCUCGAGGUUAUCUUCAAAGUGUCAGAUGCCAUGGCUUUCAUUUGUUUCUUUUCAAUCAGCAACACUCCUUAUAUUAAGGACUGCUCCGUUUUGAGGCAAUCAUAAAUACUGUCCAUCAGAUUUCGUAAGAGCCCCUGUGCACACAAAAGAACAUCUGUCUAAAGGAAGAACUGAAAAUAGCAGAUGUUCAUCAGAACUGAAGUCAUCAGGAUAUUGCCCUGUAUAUUAUAGGGCCAGAACAAAAAAAAUCUUACUUGGAAGCUAUCAGAAACAAAUGUUACUCAUUCUCAGAGGGAGGAAGAGAGGAUUUAUAUUACAACUGGAAUAUAGCUGAGAAAUUCAAAUCUCUCCAUGUGUUUUGAGAAAGGAAAAGCUGGUUCCAACAGCACUGCCAAAUACGCAACAUGCAAAGUAAACAUAGCUUUUGGAACUAGUGACAAUCAUCGCCCACAUGAACUGGACAGACUGGAUGUAGCUGCAUGUUAAAAUAUGUUUUUUCAUGUUUGUGAACUAUUGAAUAUUUUUCUAUUGUACAUUUUUUAAUUUUAAAUUGUUAAAUAGAAUUAUGAUAAAAUAACUGGUUCAGAUAACUAUCGACAUUUUAUGUUAUUGGAACAAUAGCGGUAGAUGAAAAUCUGCUAUCUGAAGUCUGUGAAAUCCUAGCUGCGUCUGAAGAGGAAAUCAGGGCUUUGGAUUUCACAGGUUGCAAAUACAAGGAAACUUGGAGAAAGAGCAGUAUUCUAGAAAGGCCACCACUCACAGAUGGUGUUAAAUAUGGUACCUAGGAAGAUGAGGAUUGCUGCAGUAAACAGAGGAUUAGGCACACCCAGAGGGAUUUGAUAGAAUAUAACAGUCCAUAGAUCUGAGAAACUGCUAUUAACAGAUGCGAUCCUAGACACUUGCAUGCGUGGAUAGGGGAGAUAAAUGCAUGCUGAAGCAUGAAAUAUGUUUUGAAAGUUUCUGUGGCAGCAAUCACUUGGCUGAACAGGCAUGCCACUUUUAUUAAAACUGGCUUGCCUCUUCAACUGAUGAGUAGCUGUAGGAAAAACUUUGAAAACCUGUGGAUGCACUUCUUCCCUCACUCAUGGCCAUAUAGGAGCCCAGCUGAAGUGGUUUUGACGGCCUCCAGUGUGGAACUUGAAGAAAAGAUGUAAACUUGAAUGUAAAUAGAUGACAUUUUGCUAGAUCUAGGUACAGAAAUUAUCUAUUAUUUGUCCAGUUCAGAGAUUCCAUUGUAAAUGAGAAUGAUGAAAAUCACAUUCCUAUUUGCAUAAUAAAGCUUCUUUCUUAAAAAAAAAGAUAA